AUGGAAGAGAAUGUGUUCAGUGUACAGCAGAUUCAGCCCAAUGUCAUUUCCGUGAAACUCUUCAAGCGCAAGGUUGGGGGUCUCGGGUUCCUGGUGAAGGAGCGUGUCAGCAAGCCACCCGUGAUCAUCUCCGACCUGAUCCGAGGAGGGGCGGCUGAGCAAAGUGGCCUUAUCCAGACCGGGGACAUCAUCCUCGCCGUGAAUGGGCGCCCCCUGGUGGACAUGAACUAUGACACCGCUCUGGAGGUCCUGAGGAGCAUCGCCUCCGAAACCCACGUCGUCCUCAUAUUGAGAGGCCCAGAGGGCUUCACCACUCACCUGGAGACGACCUUCACCGGGGACGGGACGCCCAAGACCGUCCGAGUCACCAGGCCCCUGUGCGCCACCUCCCCGUCCGUGGUUGACCUCCCGGCCGGCCUCGGGAUCCACACCAAAGAUCAGCGGCAAGGAGGUGACCAUACAAUGGGGGGCUCUGUCAGCUCUCGGUGCACCCGGGAGAACGGGCAGGGGGAUGAGUCCCUGGUGCACGUCAAUGGGGUGAUUGCUGGGUCCGUCCCCAGGGACUCUCUGAAAGGGAGCGGGGACGUUUCUGACCGUUGCCUCAACGGCAGCGUCGAGAACAGCGAACUGUUGAAAGAGAUCGAGCCGGUCUUGGACCUCCUGAAGAGCAACAACAAGGAGCUCAAUGGAGAUGCGCAGCCCAGGAUGGUCACAAGAGACGCAGAGGUCCAGGUGGAUGGGUAGGUCCCUUGGCUGUGCACGUUUGGUGAUGUGAUAUGCAGAGAGCCAUUGUGGUGUAAUGGUUAGAGUGGUGGGCUAGGGCCUGGGAGACCAGGGUUUGAAUCCCCGCUCAGCUACAAAGCUCACUGGGUGACCUUGGAGAUCUCUCAGCCUAACGACCUACCUCACAGUGUUGUUGUGGUGAUGAAAUUGGGAGGUGGAGAACCAUGUACACCGCACCUUGAGCUCCUUGGAAGAAAAGGUGGUAUAUAAAUAUAAAUAUAAUAUAUUUGGUUCCUCAGAAAGAAAAAAUGAAAGCAGAAAUGAUAAGGGCUAUCAACCGUUUUAUUCAUUUUUAAAAUUCAUAUUUAUAAUUAUUUAUUAAUGUGUAUAAAUCUAUAUCUAUACAGUGGUACCUCGGGUUAAGUACUUAAUUCAUUCCAGAGGUCCGUUCUUAACCUGAAACUGUUCUUAACCUGAAGCACCACUUUAGCUAAUGGGGGCCUCCUGCUGCUGCCGCGCCGCCAGAGCACAAUUUCUGUUCUCAUCCUGAAGCAAAGUUCUUAACCUGAGAUACUAUUUCUGGGUUAGCAGAGUCUGUAACCUGAAGCGUAUAUAACCUGAAGCAUAUGUAACCCGAGGUACCACUGUAUAGCUAUAUAGCUAUAGCUAUAGUUAUAGCUAUAUCUGGCCUUUCUUCCAAGGAGGUCAAGUUUAUUUUUCCCUCUCUCCUUUUUAUCUUCACAACAACCCUGUGAGGUAGGCCACUUUUAGGCUAAGUGACAGUAAGUUGCCAAAUUUGCUUCAUGGCAGAGUUGUGAUUUGAACGCUGGUCUCCCUGAGUUGAUUUUUUAAUAUAUAUAUAUGUAUUAGAAAAGCUGUUUUGUAAUUUAUGGAUUUAAGCUUUGUUUUAUCGGAAUUUAUCAUUUCCCUUCUUAUUCGAGAUUCUUAUAUCCUGCCCUACAUCCGGUUUGGAGCUCAGGGCAAACAGAUUAAUGAUGAUACAAAACAACGCAUUUUAAAGAAAAAUUGUUACUGCCGAUAUAGACGUAUUUUUACCAAACGGCUUCGAAGUUUUUAAAUCUGAAAUGUGGGGUGCUAAUAUGGCCAAUAACUACAACUUCCUGCUGCCAAAGCUCAGCAGAGGCGCUUCAGGGGGCCCCUCCGGACCGGGGAGCUUUUUGCUGGUAUAAUGUGCAACAUGCCACUGACCCAAUAAUAGUGCGCUGGAUUUAUAUUGGACUGUCCACACAUCAUUCUGCCUCAUUGGUACGUUACUCAGGUUAUGUCCCAUGAAGGCAAGGCAGAGUAUACUGGAGAGAAUGCAACCAGACUGGUACAACAUUCAAUACCUGGUGGUUCUGCUGUGCCAGGGACUGGACUAAGGAGGAAUGGUGGGGAGCACUGCCCCCCUCCUCCUGAACCUUCCUGAGAAGAGGAAGGCAGUCUUGAUUUGCAGAGGUGGCUUGAGGUAGGUCACAGGUGAACAGAUGAGUUGGGAGGUGAUGGGAGAAGAGAAGGGGGAGACAGAGACAGAUCAGCCAGCUGACACCUGAUCACUGGAAAGCAUUCCCCAUCCCCCUUCUCCCAGAACCCAGCGUGCAUUGAAAGUGCAAGAGCAAAAGACUCAUAGACGAUUAACCCCUGGCGGCCACCGUAAAAGGAAUUGGCGUUGCUAGGAAGGGCAGCCCAGUUGGAGCAACGCCAUGAUUCGGGUGGCUGCACCCUCCAUAUUUCUCAGUGAAUCUUGAAUAAAUACAGUGGUACCUCUGGUUGCGAACAGGAUCCAUUCCGCAGCCCCGUUUGCAACAUGAGCAGAACACAACCUGCGUCUGUACGUCCGUGUGUUGCGAUUUGCCACUUCUGCGCAUGCGCAUGACAUCAUUUUGAGUGUCUGCGCAUGCAUGAGCGGCGAAACCUGGAAGUAACCCUUUCUAGUCACCGCGGGACACAACCUGAAAAAACGUAAUCUUAACAGAACGUAACAAGAGGUAUGAAUGUACAUUGGUGAGAAUGCCUUGUUUUUCUGUUUCCGGCAUCCAGUCGUGAGGGAGGGCGACCAGAUUCCCAAGUCCGACUUGCUGCAUGGUUCAGGAAUGGUGGGUCUGGGUGUUUCAGGAGACUACACUAAUAAUAGAAACAGUAGUAAUGAUAAUGAUAAUGAUGAUGAUAAUGAUAAAGAUAAUACCCUGCCCAUCUGGCUGGGUUGCCCCAGCCACUCUGGGCAGCUUCCAGCACAUAAUGAAAACAUAAUAAAACGUCAAACAUUGCAAACUUCCCGAUACACGGCUGCCUUCAGAUGUCUUCUCAAGGUUGUGUAGUUCUUUGUCUCCUUGAUAUCUGACAGGAGGGCGUUCCACAGGAAGGGCGCCACCACCAACAUGGUGAAAAGGAUUGCCUGUCCUGACCCUGCUUCUCUCAAUAUUUGCAGAAAACUCAAAUGUACGAAGACCUGGACUUGGUAACUGCUGCCUGGUUAGAGGUAGCGAGCCCAUCGCUAGAAGGACCCCACAUAGUUCUCAUUGCGGGGACGGUGGUCCCAAGUCUGGUCUCUUGCGCUAGCUGAAAGUGAGGGGCGAAAGCAGGAGGGACAAGUUUGUAGUCUGUGAGACCCCUUCUUGCACUAUGUGCUUUUCCAUAAAUGCUUUUGGUUAGAUUUGUUUCUGAGACACCUGCCCAGCUAAGCAGCCAUUGCUAAAUUGAUGCAUUUGGUAUGUUUGUGAGUUUUCCCUGCUAACAUGCGGCAAUUGGUUGGGCACUGUAUUAUGGUUAUGUUAAAGCUCUUUUGCAUACUUAUCAUGGGCAUAACCAGGAUUUCUAUUGGGGGUGGGAGGGGGAGGGGACAGGACUACCACCUGUCACCAUCCUCUGUCUGGCUCUGUCUAGCAGAUUUGGAAUGGCAUUUCUCAACUACGGUUGUUUUAAAUUGCUUUCUUUUGACCCCCAAGCGCUCAGAAAAAAUCUGCCAAAAUCUUCAGACAUUUGAAAACUAAGUAGUCAAAUAAUAAAAAAAGAACAUCAGGGAGCACCUUUCAUGCAGUUAACAAGCAUAUUUUGCAAAAUUACAAUGAGCACAUGUUUUUUCAGCUUAUUUUUUAAAAAAAUCAAAACUAAAACAAGUUUCUUGGAUUUGCUGAAAACUUUUAACAACAUCAUCCAAGUAACCUCAGUGAGCAUUUCGAUUUGAAAUAUUCCAAUUAUUUCUACUUUUAGUUUUGUUUUUUUAAUUGACUUGAUUUAGGGGGGGUCAGCUGCCCCCUGUAUUGUAUGAUGUUGUGAUGUCAUGGAUUUUUUAUAUAAAUAUAUAAGGUAGGUAAGGAGCCCUGCAGGAUCAGGCCAACGACCCAUUGAGUCCAGCAUCCUGUUCUCACAGUGCCCAACCAGAUCCCCAAAUGGGGAAACCUGCAAGCUUGAAUCCCACAGGGCGGUAAACUGACCUGGGAUAGCUCAGAUUGUAGAGCACGAGACUCUUAAUCUCAGGGUUGUGGGUUUGAGCCCCACAUUGGGCAAAAGAUUCCUGCGUUGCAGGGGGUUGGACUAGAUGACCCUCGUGGUCCCUUCCAACUCUACAAUUCUAUGAAACUUUCAAGAUGCCCCUCUGGCUUCUGCAUAAUAGUUGCAGGAUCAUGCUCCUCAAUAGCUACACCUUCUGCUUCACAUCUUCCUAUUCUCUGCAGCACUCUAUUUUCUUUGCUGAAGCACGAAAGGGGUCUGUAGUUUGGGGAUAGUGACUUCCUUCUGUUUGCUGGCUCUCUCUUUAAAACACACACACACACACACACACACACACACACACACACACACUCAUUAAAGCAACCAUCAGCAAAUGGUGCCAAUUAAUUAAUGCUUGCAGCCCUAGUUUCAUGGAAUUAAAACUAAGUCAUCACUUUGACAUACCUGAGCGUUCACUGAAUUCAUUCAUUCAUAGUUUUUUUGCCCCAACUUGUUAAGAUUGUCUCAGGUGCCUGUCUCAGAAAAAAAAACCCCACUAAAAAAAGCUGACAGGUUUGGCUUCUUGUCAUCUUCCUUCCCCUCUCCCCCCACCUCCACCUUUCAUUGUCGUCUUUUCUCCGUAACUGAACGGCAAGAAGGAAGUGAUCAAAGCUGCUAGGAUCGUAAUCCCCUCCACACUUCAUUCUGGAUAAGCAAAGCCACUGAGACUGGAUGCAAAGUCCUGGUAAUGACUGUGUGUGAUGCUCUCAUUCUGCAUCCCACCUUCAGACAGGAUUGGGAAGUAGAGAGCGACUUAGAGGGGUGGUCCUACCCAACAGGCCAUCAGAAGCCAAAUAUUCAGCUAGGUAUGGGCAGGGCUAUUGGGACACGGGUGGCACUGUGGGUUAAACCACAGAGCCUAGGGCUUGCUGAUCAGAAGGUCAGCGGUUCAAAUCCCCUCGACGGGGUGAGCUCCCGUUGUUCAGUCCCAGCUCCUGCCAACCUAACAGUUCGAAAGCACGCUAGUGCAAGUAGAUAAAUAGGUACCGCUCUGGCGGAAAGGUAAAUGGCGUUUCUGUGCGCUGCUCUGGUUCGCCAGAAGUGGCUUAGCCAUGCUGGCCAUAUGACCCAGAAGCUGUCUGCAGACAAAUGCCGGCUCCCUCGGCCAGUAAAGUGAAAUGAGCACCGUAACCCCAUAGUUGUUCGCGACUGGACUUAACUGUCAGGGGUCCCUUUACCUUUAUGGACAGAGCUGGGCAUAACUGGGGUAGCUCAGUCGGUAGAUCUUGAGACUCCUAAUCUCAAGCUCCUGGGUUCGAACCCUACAUUCCUGCAUUCUAGGGGUUUGGACUGCUAGAUGACCCUCCCGGUCCCUUCCAGCUGUACAGUUCUAUGAUUCUAUGUGCUUUGAAAAUACAGAAGCAUUACAAUUCUGUACCACAGUAAACUCAGAUUUGGCGACAGAGGGAAGCCGCUAUCUAUGAUACGUAUAAAUUCUGCAAAUAUGCAAAUUGUUGUUUUGCUUUCUGCAGGGUUUGUGGCGUUGCACCCAGCAGUUUGCACCACUUCUUGUCGAAACAGAAACCUUUACAAGGUCCUGAAAAAGAAAAAGGGGGGGGGCUGUGAAUAGGGGUUCAGCGGUUAAACCAUCUGCCUUGCUUGCAGCAUUUCCCAAGUUUGAUCCCAGCUGGCAUUUCCAGAUUGGGCUGGAAGGGACUCCUGUAUGAAACCCUGGAAAGCUGCUGCCAGCCAGUGUAGACAGUGCUGAGUUAGAUGGACCACCCUUUUCCCACUAAGGAGCUCAAGGUUCUCCCCUCCCCAUUUCAUCCUCACAACAACCUUGUGAAGUAGGCUCGGCUGAGAGACAAUGACUGGCCUCCAAGGUCACUCAUUCCCUGUGGGGAUUUGAACCUUGGUCUCCCAGUUCCUAGUCUGACCAUCUAACCCCAUGGUUCCCAUGGCACACGCCCCACAGGGGGGCAAUUUGAUUUUUAAGGGGGGCAAUUUGGAAGCUUGUUGAGACCAAGUUAAUGGCCUUUUAGGCUUCUUCCACAUGAACAGGAGUUCACUUUUUGAAUAAUAAGAACUAUAUGUCACCGGGGGGUGGGGGGCGUGCAUCCAGGAUUUUAGAGAUGCUUAGGUGGGGCAUGGCCAAUGAAAGGUUGGGAACCACUGGUCUAACCACUCUGCCACACUGGCUCUCUCCUGUGUGGCAGAAUUAUGACCACACGCCCCAAGGAUGGAGCCUUGUGAGCAAAGACUCCAUCUUCAUCAUUUAGGUUGCCUACCCCCUACUCUCUCUGUGGAUAGACAGUGGGGUGGGAUCCUGAUGCAAAAAAAGACCCUUCUGUUAGCAUUUAACUAUCACCCAGGGUGCAAAUUCCGAUGCCCCCUAGACAGCAUGUGAGAUGCUAAGGAAAGCCUUCUUCCCCACCCAUGAGAGGUUGGGUUGCCAUCUGUCAUGGAUGCUUUAGCUGAGAUUCCUGCAUUGCAAGGGGGUUGGACUAGAUGACCCUUGGGGUCCCUUCCAGCUCUACGAUUCUGUGAUUCUAUGAGAGCCAUUGGGGAGGCAUUCUAUCUCCUCCCAGCUCCUGGGUAAAAAUAGAGCAUGGCUCAUUCAGUGUCCAGUAACCUUGUUCUAUUUUUCCCCCUUGCCUAAAGAUGGCUGUCACGUCGUAUAUCCAGCUCCCAACGAUGCCAUCUAGAUAGACUUCUGCGGCGAACUCCUUACAACUAUUCGGAAGCAUUUAUUUACAUAUAGGAAGGGACAUUGCUUGGCAUUAGAGCCCACGCAUUGCACAGAGGAGAUACCAGGUUCAACCUCUGACAUCUCCCCGGGUAGGAAAAGCUAUCAAGCUGCAAGCUUCCUUUAAGAGCAGUAUGAUUUUCCCAGAGGCUAUGGGGUGGCCAGUGGAGGCUAGGCCAUUUGGGCAAAUUGGAGCAUUGCCCCACUGACCUCAACCUGCCCUCAGCCAAAUCCCACCCUGCCUGCCAACUUCCUUACAACUAGUCCAAGGGAUGGCACUGCCUGCCAGCUUCCUCUUCCUUCGUCUCCUUUGUGCUUUUGUAGAACACAGCAGGAGGGAGGAUGGGGACAAAACUAGAAUUUGUUGCUUCUGCCUCUCAUUGUCUCUGGCGCCACCUACUGUUAGCCUUUCUGCCUGUCACCACCUACUGUUUGUCACCACCUACUUUCUGCCUGUCACCACCUACUUUCUGCCUGGCACCACCUACUGUUGACGCGGGUGGUGCUGUGGGUUAAACCACAGAGCCUAGGACUUGUUGAUCAGAAGGUCAUCGGUUCGAAUCCCUGUGACGGAGUGAGCUUCCAUUGCUCGCUCCCUGCUCCUACCAACCUAGCAGUUCAAAAGCACGUCAAAGUGCAAGUAGGUAAAUAGGUACCGCUCUGGCGGGAAGGUAAACGGCGUUUCCAUGCUCUGCUCUGGUUCGCCAGAAGCGGCUUAGUCAUGCUGGCCACAUGACCUGGAAGCUGUACGCCGGCUCCCUCGGCCAGUAAAGCAAGAUGAGCGCCGCAACCCCAGAGUCGGCCACGACUGGACCUAAUGGUCAGGGGUCCCUUUACCUUUACUGUUGAGUUUCCUGCUUUCUGCCCCGCCAGCCCCAAUGGGCGCUAACCAGCACUUGGUGUAACCAAAGCUCAUGGGGUUGACCGUAACUCAGCAAUAGAAUGCUUGCAGUGCAGGCAUCAAGUUCAAAGUUCGAGUUGGUCUUCCAAGGAGCCCAGAUUGCCGUCACCAGUCAGUGUGGACAGCACACUGCUAGGCAGCUUCCUGAAAUAGGUGACCAUGAGAUUUGUCCCCCGGCGCUGGUGGAUAUGUCAUUGCUUGCUUAGCUUUCUUCCUGAAAUGCUAGUUGGGGUUGUUAUGAGCAGAGGCACAGUCAUAUCAUCUGCUCUGUGAUUGGCGCAUGGGCUGCACCAGCGGAAUUAGUUGAUAUCUCGACCUGGAACGCAGAUGGCUUCAGCUCCAAGUCGUCCUGUCACUCACCCAAGAAGGGGCGAACAUCAGCCACGGGGGCUGCAAGGAGUCCAGGAUGACUCACUCGCUUGGAAACAAAAGUCAGCAGCAUCAGCUGUGGGGAGGACUCAGGUCCCUUAGGGGCAAUACACAAAUAUGCACAGAAAAAGAGGGAGAGGAAUAAAUAGCAGGGCAGAGCAGGGCACAGAAAGCUGGAAGGCUGGAGAUGGAGAAAAUCUAGUGCCUGGAGAGAUGAGAUAUCCGAAAUGAAACAGGUAGCUGUCAUUUAGGCCAUCUGAUCUGCUGGCAACAGAGUUUGCAGGCAGGCCAUCUUCCCACAGAGGACAGGGGAGAUAGACAGUUUGGUUCACGUUUAAAAGCCAGCCUGCCUCAUUUGAAAUCCUUUGGAAUGGGCACUUCUCCAAAUUUUGCAAUGCACUUCUGCAGCCAAGUGUUGGCUCAGUGGUCAGAGUGCUGGACUAGGACCCAGAAAAGUUGUUGUUUAGUCGUUUAGUCAUGUCCAACUCUUCGUGACCCCAUGGACCAGAGCACGCCAGGCACUCCUGUCUUCCACUGCCUCACGCAGUUUGGUCAAACUCAUGCUGGUAGCUUCGAGAACACUAUCCAACCAUCUCGUCCUCUGUCGUCCCCUUCUCCUUGGGCCCUCCAUCUUUCCCAACAUCAGGGUCUUUUCCAGGGAGUCUUCUCUUCUCAUGAGGUGGCCAAAGUAUUGGAGCCUCAGCUUCAGGAUCUGUCCUUCCAGUGAGCACUCAGGGCUGAUUUCCUUAAGAAUGGAUAUGUUUCAUCUUCUUGCAGUCUGUGGGACUCUCAAGAGACCCAGAAGAGACCAGGGUUCAAAUCCCCACUUGGCCAUGAAGCUCUCGCUGGGAGCCAGUCACCAACUCUCAACCUAAUCUACCUUGCAGGGUUGUUGUGGGGGAUUAAAAGGGGGGGAGGGAGAACUGUGUGCCACCUUGAGUGCCCUAGAAGAAAAGGUGGAGUAAAUGCAAUAAGUAAAUAAAUGUGCCAGGGUAAAUUGUAAACGUAUAGAUCAGUGAAAAUGAGAUGCAUUAUAUUAGGAGGAUUUCACUCAUAGGUACACAUGUUGGUUCGAUAAAUGGCAUGGAGGCGGUGGAGAGAGAAAAGAUUUUGUCCCUCUCUCAUAAUAUCAGAAUCCACGGGCAUUCAAUGAAGCCGAGUGCUGAAAGACUCAGGACAGAUAAAAUAAAUUACUUAUUCACUCCGUACUUAUUAACGGGCACUGUUAGAAACUCAGGUAUAUACGGUAAGCUAGGCAACAAAUGUCUCCUUAAACCACGGUUACAUUCCAAAUCGUAAUGUCUAGUUGCCAUUUGGGGGCAAGAUGGCUCUAAAGUCUUUUUUUCCCAAAGGAUGGACUGGCUGUGAUUGAUUCUCAGUUAAACAUCUGGCUAGUUCAGAUGACGACACUGAGCUAGGUUAAGAACUUUGAGAACUGAAAGAAGGAAAGUCUCUUGAUCCAGGGACAGUCCACAUAUCUAUCGACCUAUUCCUACCUCUCUCUUUUUAAUGGUGACACGGACCAUUCAUAAAGUAGGGAUAUUCUUCACAACUGUGAACAGGGCAGUGGGGUGGGGUAACUGAAGGCAACCUGCAACAAUUAACUAUAAUGUUGUUAACUGCUCCUGCUCAGGCUGCGCAGAAAAAACAUUUUGGUUCCUGGAAUUCAUUCUGGUUGUGCAGAUAAAACAUAACUCACAAAAUUCUACAGGAUGAGAUAUUAGUGUGUGUCAGCAGUCAAGAUCCAAUGAUCCCAAGGCAUGCAAUUCCAGAUGGUGGAGACGUCAGUAGCCAUCCUGGCGCCCAGGCACCUUCGCUUGGCCACAAGUGGUCGAUAGCCAGGUGCAAAAUGCUCCUGGCCCCUGGCUAAUUUCGAACCCUGCCCAUGGGAAGCAGUGGUGGCCCCCAACUUCUAUGGCUUUAAUAGAGGAUUGGACAAAUUCAUGGAGGAGGAGAGGGCUAGCAGUGGCUACUAUCCACAAUGGCUUCAGAAUACAAGCUGCUGUAAAUUGCAGACAGGGAGAGUGUUCUUGUGCUCAAAUCCUGCCUGUGGGCUUUCCCAUUUGGGCAUCUGAUUGGCCCCUGUGAGAACAGGAUGCUGGACUAGACGAGCCACUGGCCUGAUCUUGCAAGCUCUUCUUACAUUGAACAAGUUGUAAGUGGAAAACAUUGUGUUGUGAAAAUCAUUGCUCUGGAGUAGGAUUAGUGGAAGGGACUAAGCUUCUCAGGGAGGACUUUGGGUACCACCCUCAGGCACUUCCUGAGCUCUACAUUGUCCUUGCUGCUAAAUCUUUUUAUUUAUUGUUUCUUUCUUUCUCCCUUUCCUUUCUCUUUCUAAUUCUAAAUCUGCCCUCAAGUACAUCCUUGUGGUUAGCUGGUGGAUAGCAAGGCAAAGCCUUUGGAUUCCCUUCGGUCCUACCUUUGCCUCCCACUGGGCACUUGAGCUCUUUAUCUUUGCACAUGAUGGUCUCAUGUUCUUGGGUAGGAAGUGUUUGUCCCUUUCUUCUGGGUACAUUUCAGACUUGCCUCUGUUAAUUGCAGGCUGGCAGGAGGAGGAGGGGGGGGCUUUCUGCUUUCCCUUUGAUCCCCUAGGAUGUGGGCCAAGCCCCACCUCUCCAAGACCCCAGAUCCCCUUUUCAGCAUGUUCAGAUUAGAUCAGCCUCUUUUCUUGCUCAGCUGAACUGAGAUGUGCAUGUCCUCAGAGGACUUUGGGGGGGAAACUCAAGCUCUUACCUUUGCCUGGCCUGCCAAUCUUGAAAUAGAAAUAUUAGUGACCGGACAGGGAAAGCCGCCAGUUGCCUGUGGAGAGAUCUAACCAGGAACUGAAGUUCUCUUCCUCCUUGGGACUUUCAGACACAGCUGGGCAAGCGAGGAGUUGUGGGAAUGCUGACAAGACAGAGGAGCCUGCCUCAGGGCAGACUGGGUCUGAUGCUGGGGCUAAACUAGACUCCCUCUGUGUGAGAGAGACGGACAGACAAACAGACAGAGAGGGAUGGAGGAUGUGUUUUAACUGAAAAGUAGCACUGGAGGUUCUGAGCAGAAGCACAGAAGUAAGUGGGGAGGAGAUACUUAACCCUCCCCUCCCCGCCCAUUUUCCUACAGAACCUAUCCCCCCUACCUCAGCUGUUUUCACACAUGAAGGGGGAAAGGUGCAAGUUCUGCAGGGAGAAAACCAACUGAACUGAGGGCAACUUCGAGCUGACCAAUUAUGGGAGAGGUAAGGGUUCGGCUACCCUCUCCUCUGCUGUUUCUUCAUUGAGAUUGGCAACUCCCCUUGCUUGCUUUUUAGUGGUGUGUGUGGGAGGAAAGGAGGGAACAAGAGGGAGAUGAGCUGUAGCUCAAUUGCAGAGCAUUGGUUUUGCACGCAGAAAGGCCUGGAUUCCACCCCUGGCAUCGUCUGGUAGGACUUGAAGAUGCUAGGGUAAAGGGACCCCUGACCAUUAGGUCCAGUUGUGGCUGACUCUGGAGUUGCAGUGCUCAUCUCAUUUUAUUGGCCGAGGGAGCUGGCAUACAGCUUCCGGGUCAUGUGGCCAGCAUGACUAACGCCACUUCUGGCAAACCAGAGCAGUGCACAGAAACGCCGUUUACCUUCCCACCGGAGCGGUACCUAUUUAUCUACUUGCACUUUGACGUGCUUUUGAACUGCUAGGUUGGCAGGAGCAGGGACCGAGCAACGGGAGCUCACCCCGUCGCGGGGAUUCAAACCGCCGACCUUCUGAUUGGCAAGUCUUAGGCUCUGUGGUUUAACCCACAGCGCCACCUGCGUCCCCAGGAAGAUGCUAUGCCUGCCUGAAACCCUUGAGAGUUCCUGCUAGUCAGUGUAGACAUUACUGAACUCAGUGGACCAACAGUCUCAUAUGGGAUGAGGCAGCUUCCGAUAUUCCUUUGCUCCUAUCAGCUGUGGGGCUCCCCAUCAAAGACAUCUCAACACAGAGGCCCAUCGAAACCUGGAGCCUGCACAGCUAAGGUUUCCUUCUCCUGUUCUCCGUUUAAAAGUGUGCACAGUGCACAUGCUGGGGUUGAUGUGUAUUGAAUGGAGAAUGUGCAUAUACAUUAGGCAUUUUGCACAGUUGCUCUUUGGGAUGCAGACUGUGUGCACAUUAGAAGCAUGGUUAGAGAACAGCGGGCAUUGCCCCGCCAUUAUGCAUAACCUCCAUAGGCCAUGAAAAAUUCAUGCAUUAAUGCGGAAAUGUGCAUAAGGGUCCAAGCGGAGAAUAUGCACAUUGACUUGGCUAAUGUACCAAAAAUACCCUACUUGUGCUAAUGAGUUGCAUGCCCCUCAUCUGUCCCGAUUUAAGCAGGGCAUCCUGUUUUGGGGGGGUGCAUGCUCUCACACACGUCACCUGGUUCCCCCGAGAUUGCGGCUGUGAAAGACACUGAUUUUGGGGUGCUUUGCUUUUGCACGAGUCACGUGACUCACACAGGAGCUCGGCCCCAAAAGACACACAUCCUGGUUUUCCUUGGGGCCACGUUGGAGGGUAUGGAGUUGUACACAUCCAUCAACAUCAUUUUUGAGACUGUUCACACUAAUGGGGCAAUUAUGCAAAAAAAUAAAAAUAAACCCACCUCUCUGUGAGCAAAGGUCACUGCAUUAUUUUCCCCUAGAAUCUGGUGAAUGUGCAAAACACCUGGUCAUUUAUGCAGAUUCUCCAUUUGACUUGCACUAGUCAGUUUCAUGCAUGGGGGUGAGUAAUGGAGAAGGAGAUGUACGGUACUUCUUAAGUAGUCCUCCCCUCUGGUACCUUCUUCCCCUGCAAUAGCAAAAUUGACUAGCAAAGGAAGGAAGGAAGAUUCAAGCAGCAGAUUCAACCCUUCUUCAGAAACAGAUCCUCAUGCAAGUAACUCCUGCAGGGAGCAGCGUGUGAAAUAUUUAACUGGACAGAGAGUCCAAGGCACAAACGGGAACGAAAUGAGGUGGGUGUGACUUGAACAGGUCUUCCCCCCACUUUUUCUAAGCUGCUGCUAUCCUGUGUACGAAAAAGAGGGCACAGCUAUGCCCACCCAUGGGAAGAAUCCUGUGCAUGAGCCAAAUUUGGCCCACCAAGCCAAUUUCCCCAAACCACUGGUGACAUCUGCUGAUGAGCAGAAGGACAGGGAUUUACCAUGCAGUACCUAUGCAAUUCUGUUCCCAGCAUGGUGCAAGAUUGUGAAGUCUAAGUGUCAGGGUUUAAUCUCCACUUAGCUGUCUGUGGGGAUGCAGGUGGCACUGUGGGUUAAACCACAGAGCCUAGGGCUUGCUGAUCAGAAGGUUGGCGGUUCGAAUCCCCGCGACAGGGUGAGCUCCCAUUGCUCGGUCCCUGCUCCUGCCAACCUAGCAGCUCAAAAGCAUGUCAAAGUGCAAGUAGAUAAAUAGGUACCGCUCCAGUGGGAAGGUAAAUGGCGUUUCCAUGUGCUCCUCUGGUUUCGCCAGAAGCAGCUUAGUCAUGACCCGGAAGCUGUACGCCGGCUCCCUCGGCCAAUAAAGCGAGAUGAGCACCGCAACCCCAGAGUCGGCCACAACUGGACCUAAUGGUCAGGGGUCCCUUUACCUUUACCUAGCUGUCUAUGAGUAGAGAGUCAGGAGAAGGGUGCAAGAUCGUGGAUGUAAAAGGGGAGGAGAGAUUCCCCCACAAACAUGGGCGUAGCCAAGGAGGAGCAGUGGGACAGCUGCCCCUCUGAAAUCAAGUAAAUCAAUUAAAAAAAAUUAACGGAGGUUCCGCCUGCCCCCACAACAUAACUCCUGGCCAUGCUUUUGCAAGUCUUCUCCCUCUUCCCUUCCUGGUUUCAAGGACUUAAAGGGGGAGAGGUUUGCAAAUGCAUUUGUGAGCCUCCCUCUUCCUUCACUUUCAAGUCCCUGAUAUCAUAAAGAAGGUCGUCAAAUGCGAAGCAGUCACAAAAGGGCAUUUGCGAGCCUCCUCCCUCUUCCCUUUUAAGAUCCCAGCAGAAGGGAUUUUUGACAGGUGGCAAACCCACUCACCUUUCAAACCCAGCCCCUGAGGCAGAUCCUGAUAAGGAUCUGUCCCACGGAGCCGAAAAAGGUUCCCCACCCCUGGCCUACGCCACAUCACAUAUUUGAUUAUCCUUUUGUGUUUCACCUCGUGGGUUUCUAUUUGCAAUUAGAUCAACAAGCCUAAUCAUGAAUAAGAAUUUGCUGCAGAUCAAAGUUUCCUGUUGCUCCUUUCUAGCUCCCCCCACCCCCCAGUUUCUCUUUCAUUAUCAAAGUCUCUCUCCCUCCCUCCCUCUCUCUCUGUCCUCCCCCUUUCAAGGGGAGGCAGAGAAUUACCACGACUGCAUCCUGGCAUCUACAACCCUUGCUAAUUCCAUUUUGUUAGUAAGCUUCGGUGCUCCCUGAUCUCCCAACCACGGGAUCUUCGUGAUCCUGCCGAUGAGCCAGUGUGGUGUAGUGGUUAGAGUGUUGCCCUAGGUAAAAGGUAAAGGUAAAGGGACCCCUGACCAUUAGGUCCAGUCGUGGCCGACUCUGGGGUUGGCCGACUCUGGGGUUGCGGUGCUCAUCUCGCUUUACUAGCUGAGGGAGCCGCCAUACAGCUUCUGGGUCAUGUGGCCAGCAUGACUAAGCUGUUUCUGGCGAACCAGAGCAGUGCAUGGAAACACCAUUUACCUUCCUGCCGGAGUGGUACCUAUUUAUCUACUUGCACUUUGACGUGCUUUUGAACUGCUAGGUUGGCAGGAGCAGGCACCGAGCAACGGGAGCUCACCCCGUCGUGGGGAUUCGAGCCGCCGACCUUCCGAUCGGCAAGUCCUAGGCUUUGUGGUUUAACCAACAGCGCCACCCGUGUCCCACCCGUUGCCCUAGGACCUGGGUUCAAAUCCCCGCUUGGCCAUGAACCUCACUUGAAUGUGACCUUGGGCCAGUCACUGCCUCUCAGCCUAACCUACUUUGCAGGGUUAUUGUGGGGAUUAAUGAGGAGGGAGAGAGCCAUCUAUGCCACCUUGAGCUCCUUGGAGGGAAAAGGUGGGAUAUGAAUGCAAUAAAUAAGAAAUGAAUUAGAAAUCCUGUCUUACAGGGUGCGUUCCCAGGUUGUCGUCUCCCUGGUGUCGCUUCUAGGCUGUCGGUAUUUUGUGGGAGGACUCCAACCACAUACCAGAAUUUUGGGGUUUCACAACGGAACUGGAUGAACUUUCUUGCCCUAGUGUCAGGGUGGGGGGUCUUUGUCAAGCCAAGUGUUGUUAGCGUACAGCUCCCAUCAUCCCCCUGACUCUGGGUCUUGCCAGCGGAGGCUGAUGGGAGCUGGAUUUCAGCAACAUCUGGAUGGCCCAAAUGCAGCAAAUUCACUUUACAGCAUUUUUUUUUUCCAAUUAGGAAAGCGAUAGAGGGAAAGCCUCAAAAGGUGUGGGAUGGGCAAUUAUUUUUAUUUAUGUAAGACCAUUUACAUAUCGCUUAAUUAUUUGCAUCUUGAAGCGGCGUACAUAAAAAAAGAUCCACGGAAAAUGGGGAACUCUUCCUGUAUACAUAGACGUGCCUGAUGUUGUCGUGCUGCACCUCACCAGGGAGGGCAUUCCAUAACUGGGGAGCCACCAUGGAAAAGGCCCUGUCACAGGUCAGGGGCCACCCAGGAAGUCCCUGCAGGUGGGGCCACCAAGAAGCCUUCAUAUGACGAUCUUAGAGUCUGAGGUAUAUACCGUAGAAAUAAUUUCUGGGAUUGUCUCACUUCAGAACAGCCCAGAAUGGAGACGAGAUUCUGCUUCAAGGCCAAUUCUCUCUCUCUCUCUCUCUCUCUCUCUCUCUUUCUCUAAAGCACUCCUUCCAAUAAUUAUUAUUUAUUUAUACAUACAUACAUACAUACCGUACAUACCCUGCCCAUCUGGCUGGGUUUCCCCAGCCACUCUGGGCGGUUCCCAACAGAAUAAUAAUACAGUGGUACCUCAGUUACAGACGCUUCAGGUUACAGACACUUCAGGUUACAGACUCCGCUAACCCAGAAAUAGUACCUCGGGGGUUUAGAACUUUGCUUCAGGAUGAGAACAGAAAUCGCGCGGCAGCGGCAUGGCAGCAGCUGGAGGCCCCAUUAUCUAAAGUGGUACCUCAGGUUAAGAACAGUUUCAGGUUAAGAACGGACCUCCAGAACAAAUUAAGUUCUUAACCCAAGGUACCAUGGUAUUGAUGAUGAUGAUGAUGAUGAUGCAGUGAUAAAACAUCAAACAUUAAAAACUUCUCUAAGCAGGGCUGCCUUCAGAUGUCUUCUAAAAGUCAGAUAGUUGUUUAUUUCCUUGACAUCUGAUGGGAGAACGUUCUACAGGGCGGGUGCUACCACCCAGAAGGCCCUCUGCCUGGUUCCCUGUAACUUCAAUUCUUGCAGUGAGGGAACCACCAGAAGGCCCUCGGAGCUGGACCUCAGUGUCCGGGCUGAACAAUGGGGCUGGAGACGCUCCUUCAGGUAUACUGGACUGAGGCCGUUUAGGGCUUUGAAGGUCAGCACCAACACUUUGAAUUGUGCUCGGAAACGUACUGGGAGCCAAUGUAGGUCUUUCAGGACUGGUGUUAUAUGGUCUCAGUGGCCACUCCCAGUCACUAGUCUAGCUGCCACAUAUGAUUUCCCACGCCUGGUUUACAGGGCUGAGGACAAUUGCAGUUGCUCACAUGGAAAUGUUAUGAAAACCUGCUCUAAAGUUCCCAUUGCAGCAAUAUUCCUGUUUAUGGAGCACUGUCAGAAUGCUUUUGUGUUCCUUGCAGAUAUUUUCUAGGCCCCAAGCGGGGCAGUGGAUGGCAGGAAGCACACCCUAGGUGUGUUUCAGAACAAGGGUUCCAGUCCAGUCACAGAUUAUACUUCUAGCUGAGUGGAUUGUCUUCUACCUUGGUAAGGAAGGAAAUGUGUCUGCUUUCCCAGCUUGGUGUUUAUAUUUCGAUGGAAUGGCUUUGAUCAGAUAAAGGGAGGGAGGGAGCAAGCAGAACCCCACCCAUCAUUAAAGCACAUUUGCCAAAGUUAAGUUGGAAGAAGAAGAAGAAGAAGAAGAAGAAGAAGAAGAAGAAGAAGAAGAAUUCUUUUAUUUAUACCCCGUCCACCUGGCUGGGUUUCCCCAGCCACUCUGGGAGGCUUACAGCACAUAAUUUUUUUUGUAAAGCAUUAAAAAUUUCCCAAUACAGGGCUUCCUUCAGAUGUCUUCUAAAAGUCAGAUAGUUGUUUAUUUCCUUGACAUCUGAUGGGAGGGCGUUCCACAGGGCAGGCGCCACUACUGAGAAGGCCCUCCUGGUUCCCUGUAACCUCACUUCUCUCAGUGAGGGAACCGCCAGAAGGCCCUUGGAGCUGGAUCUCAGUGUCUGGGCUGAAUGGUGGGGGUGGAGACGCUCCUUCAGGUAUACUGGGCCGAGACCUUUUCACCCUGUGGUGGUAACAGCAAGAGAACACAGGAGCAUAGGGAGUCAACAGCAGGUGAGAUGAGAGGUUGGAACUGGGAGCAACUCAAUUCAGUCUGAAAGCAAGCCAGUGUGGUGUAGUGGUUAAGAGCGGUAGAUUCGUAAUCUGGGGAACCGGGUUCGCUUCCCUGCUCCUCCACAUGCAGCUGCUGGGUGACCUUGGGCUAGUCACACUUCUCUGAAGUGUCUCAGCCCCACUCACCUCACAGAGUGUUUGUUGUGGGGGAGGAAGGGAAAGGAGAUUGUUAGCCGCUUUGAGACUCCUUUGGGUAGUGAUAAAGCAGGAUAUCAAACCAAACUCUUCUUCUUCUUCUUCAUCCACACUUUGCAAAACAACAGGAGAACCAAAGCACAGGCAUGCUUUGUAACUGAUGGAAUUGUACAGUUGGAAGGGACUCCCAAGGUUCAUCUAGGCCAACCCCUUGCAAUGCAGAAAUCACAGAUAAAUUUAACCCUGAAAUGGACAUCACCCCAUUAUUUAAAACCUUCCAACAAAGGAGAGUCCAGCAGCUGUUUCCUGUUGAACAGCUCUUACCCUCAGAAAGUCCUUCCUAAUGUUUAGCCCUCUGUUGUCCUUUGAAUCCACUGGUUUGAGUCCUCCCGUCUGGAGCAGCAGAAAGCAAGCAUGCUCUCUGCCUUCCAUGUAACAGCCCUUCUUUCAGAUAUUUGAAGAUGGCUAUCCUAUCCCCUCUCAGUCUUCUCCAGGCAAAACAUAUCCAACUCCCUUAACCGUUCCUCGGCAGGUUCGGUUUCCAGACCCUUGGUCAUCUUGGUCGCCUUCCUCUGAACACCUUUCAGCUUGUCGAUACCCUUCUUAAAGUGAGGUGCCCAGAACUGGACACAGAACUCCAGGUGGGGUCUCAGGAGGGCAGAAUAGAGUAGUACUGUUACUUCCCUUCAUCUGGGCACUAGACUUCUGUUGAUGCACUUCUCUGAAUGCUGCACGGUCUCCUUUAUUGCACUUAGCCAAAGCCUUUGACAAUAUAUAGAAUGUCCAAUGCAAUACAGUAAUACCUCGGGUUAAGAACUUACCGUAUUUUUCAUUCUAUAAGACACACUUUUUCCUGCCUAAAAAGUAAGGGGAAAGGUGUGUGUGUUUUAUGGAGCGAAUGCAGGCUGCGCGGCUAUCCCAGAAGCCAGAACAGCGAGAUGGAUUGCUGUGCAGCGCUCCCUCUUGCUGUUCUAGCUUCUGGCUUAGCUGCGUGAAGCCUCUUCAGGGCAUGGGGAGCCUUCAUCCCGCUGCCCUGAGGAGGCUUGCCCCACCUCCUGGAAAAGCCCCCAAGAGCCGCGCUCCCUUUAAAGAGCCGCACGGAGCAUGUGUGCGGCUCGUGGGGGCUUUUCUCUGAGGAGGGAGAAGGGCAGCCCGGCAGUGACAGGCUCUGCUCAGCACUCCCUUUAAAGAAUAUUUUUUUCGUGUAUUCCCCCCUCUAAAAACUAGGUGCAUCUUAUGGUCAGGUGCAUCUUAUGGAGCAAAAAAUAUGGUAAUUCAUUCUGGAGGUCUGUUCUUAACCUGAAACUGUUCUUAACCUGAGGUACCACUUUAGCUAAUGGAGCCUCCUACCGCCGCCGCGCAAUUUCUGUUCUCAUCCUGAAGCAAAGUUCUUAACCCAAGGUACUAUUUCUAGGUUAGCGGAGUCUGUAACCUGAAGCGUCUGUGACCUGAAGCGUCUGUAACCCGAGGUACCACUGUACAUGAAUUAAUUUUUUAAAAAACUUGAAUUGAAAUCACAAAGCAACCGUUAGGAACCAUGUAUAUCAUUGUCCGGGGUAAUGUAUUUAUAAUCCAUUACAAUUUCUUUUAUGAUUAGAACCAAGUUUAUUGGCUGCCACUGCAAAUUUAGGUAGCAAUUGCAUGAAGUACAGCUAUUUAUCAGCUUGAAGUUCAAUUGUCCCUUCCCGAGGAAAUUGAUCUGGAUGCAGUUGAAGAAUGGGUGACAAUUUCCCCCCAUCUGGGCUCCCAAUAUAAAGGACAGAGCAGCAAACAAUGUGUAAGGUCUUCAGUCUAAUUGCACCCAAAUAUACAUUUCCAUCCUACAACUGAGAUUCCAAGGAAUCUCCCAUCCAGAUAGUCUUGAGGUGUGACUGGCCUACCUCGCAAGGCAGUUGUGAAAGGGAGGACUAAACAGUCUUACCUUACCUCAACCCUCUUAAGAUUGCUCCAUAUUAUUAUUCUGGUCGUGCAACUGAAACUCAGAAAUAAUAGUGUGGCAACUUUCUGAUGCAUGGUUUGGUUUCUUAGCCUCCUUGGAUUAAAAUCCAAAUAAAUAAACCUUUCCCCCCUUUUCCUUUUCCUUUUCUUGCUAAAGUGGCUAUUGUACAAACGUACAACAGCUUGGCUGUGAGAAAUCUUUAUGCAAUCAAACAGCCUGUUCAGGCCAAUGGCAUAUAGCCUUAAAAAUAGACAAUGAAAAGACCCGGUCGAAACACCAGGGCUUUGUGCCAAUAAGGCUGUUGGCAAUUUCCUAUAUGUGGGUUUGGGUUUUUUUUGCUUUUGUUGUCCCCCCCCCCCCCAUAUACGGAUAUAAUGAACUAGCAACAGCCCCCUGCUGUGAAAGUCAUUUGACGUGGGUCAGAAGUAAAUUCUUUGAAGACGGAAAUUGUUUUGAUCCUGGGAGAAGAAACGAACAGUUGCAAGUACGGCAGUGGAAAGAUUUUUUUAAAAAAACCGUCCAUUUUGAAGGUUACCACGUUAAGCCAGCUUCCCUAGAUUUCCUGUUUAGCACAGACGAUAACUGCUGGAAGUUUGGGUGCAACUCGGCUUGCAGAAAGGGGUUUGCAUGGGGCUUAAGGGUAAGGGGCCUGCAGAUUCCCAGACUACCCUUGCUCUUUCAACCUCUGUGCUGACUUCUUUCUAUCCUUUGAAAUUUAGACUAAGACCAGAGUCCUUUCCAACUCUACAAUUAUUUGAUUCUCUCCUGUUUGCAACUUCCUCCUCCUCCUCCUCCUCCCACUUUCUCACGAGGGUAUUCUGGUCCAAUCCCCCUGCAAUGCAGGAAUCUUUUGCCCAAGCUGGGGCUUGAACCUGUGGCCGUGAGAUUAAGUCUCAUCCUCUACUGACUGGGUCUUUUCAUCAUGGAGGGGACGACUGUUACCGGAGGGGUGGGGCUGGCCGCCUGCUCAGGCUGCUUGAUGGGCAACUUCAAAACUCCUCCUCCAUUUUUUCUGGCUCUUUAUCUUUAUCCUUCGUGCUGAAUUCUCCAUCCCCAGCCUUUGUGCUGGCAACGGACAGAAUCUCAUAUUCAGAGCAACCUAGGCAGCUGCCUUGAACUAUCCAACCAUUGCUUCAGCUGGCCCAGCAUUGUCUGCACUGACUGGCAGCAGCUCUCCGGGGUUUCAGACAGGGAGUCACCGGCGAUUGAACCAGGGACCAUCUGCAUGUAAGGCUGAUGCUCUGUCACCAAGCAGAGGUUCGCCCCUUGCAAUGGGCAACGAAGAUUCUUUCUCUGCAAUGAAAGGACUUUGCAGCCAACUCUCCAGGAGAGCAAACACUCUUCGGUGCCUUCUUAGCAGAGCUGUCCAGAUCUGCUACUCUGUGAAUGGAUUGUCUGCUCCACCCCAUCCCUGAAUAAUGAUUAUUUUAAGAACUUCCAUUUCCUGAUAUUUUUUUUAUUUUUUAAAAAAUAGAAUCAGUGUUUGUUUUCAUUUUGAAAUAUCCAUUGUUUUUGCUUCCAGCCAGCACACAGGGAUUCGUCAGAGUUGCUUGCCAUUGGGCCAAGUCCUUUUCCUGAUCCCUCUCCUAGUGCCCCCAAACCCUCCCGGAUUUGUUUCUCGGUUUUAACGCUUCGGAGCCUUGGGGGAAGCUAGGUGGGAAGCAAAGACCUCGGUGGACCGCCUUGCGCGACCUGACAUUCUGCACGUCUAAAACCAGGUUGGCUUCAGUCACGGAAACCAGGAAGACUUGCCAGCUGUGCCCAACACCUGUUGGAACUGGUAGGGUGGAAGGCCGGAAGGCUGAGAGUAGGUGGAGCCCAAUGGCGGAGGAAGGGGGUGCGGGGGUGCGGUCUGCCCUGGGUGUCAUCACUGAGGGGGUGACAAAAUGAGUUUUUUGUGUGUGUUUUUUAAUUGGGCUCACAAAACUUUUUAGGAGUGACAUGGUGGCUUCGGUGCCUGCAGGUUCAGUGCUUCCUGAAACAGCAGUGUAGGACUUGCAAAUGCCUACUGCCUCUCCCUCAGCCGCCCUACAGCUGAGGGGGAGGCAGAGGAGGGGCUCCAAGCAUUGGAGAGGCUCACCCCGCCCUCAUGGGCAGCUUGCCCCACCCCCGGCUGCAGGACACCCCCCCACACCAGGCACCCGAGCGGCUAGCUACGCCGCUGGCAGAGCCAACGGAUUCUGGUUGUGUCUCCAUCCUCCAUGCUGAAUUCUAGAAGGCAGCACUGAGGCUAAGGAGGAAGGAGCUGGCAGCUAGACCAUCCCUUGAGAGGUUGUGAGUAUGGAGGCAGGCAGGCGGGAACUGGCUGAGGUUGGUGGGGCAGUUCUCCCCAUUGCUCUAGUGGAUCAGCCUUUAUUGGCUAAUAGAGAGCCAGUGUGGUAUAGUGGUUAAGAGCACUAGACUCAUAAUCUGGUGAACCGGGUUCGCAUCUCCGCUCCUCCACAUGCAGCUGCUGGGUGACCUUGGGCUAGUCACACUUCUUUGAAGUCUCUCAGCCCCACUCACCUCACAGAGUAUUUGUUGUGGGGGAGGAAGGGAAAGGAGAAUGUUAGCCACUUUGAGACUCCUUCAGGUAGUGAUAAAGUGGGAUAUCAAAUCCAAACUCUUCUUCUUCUUCUACAUCCUGGUGGUAUUGUAUCCCUGGCAAAAUGGGGCAGCCCAAAGGCUUGCUAGUGGGGGCUGCACAGCUCCCAAGUACCCCUGAAAAAAGGGACAGCCCAUUUUUUCCAAGCCAGAUAGCGGCAACCGUUUGGGGCAUCACAGCCUUGCUCUCUCGCAUGCUGUGCUCUUGCCUCAAAAAAGAAAAAAAGAGAGAGCUUUUUUGGGGGGUCGUGAUAUUUCACAGCACCCAAAAAUGUGCUUUUUUGGGGGUCACUGUACAAGAUUUUCCUAGGGAAAGUUCCUUUUCAGGUUGAAAAAGUGCAGCACGGGUCACAUAACUGGCCUGGGGGUGCAUCCUGGAAGUCACACGUUCCUGUUUUGGAUCUGGAAAAGUUGGAUGGUAUGAGAUUGACUGAGGGCAGAAGGGGCAGCCCACGCUUGCCCAGCAGUGUGUGCACACAUGCGUGCAGACAGCAGUGAGCUUCGUGUAUGCAGUGCAACUUGCGUACUUUGCAGCCCUGCAUGGUUGCUUGGUGUUGUCGCUGCCGUCAGUGAGCCUUUUGUAUAUGUUGCAGCUGGUGUGCAGUGUAGAGGGAAGUGAGGGGCAGACAGCCCAUUUCGGAGAAGGAAAACUCUGAUCCUAAACCUCCGCUGUCCUGCAGGGUGUCUUCAGGAGAAGAAAAAGAUAAGGUGUGACCCCUACACAAAUCUGGAGUGGAAUCCCUAAGGCGGUUGGAUGGUGCCUUGCACGCCUCCUUCCAGCAACUCCUGCAGCCAAGCUGGUACCAAACAUCUUGCUCUGCUCUGCUCUCCUUUGCAAGACCAAGAGCUGGGGUCUUGUCAUCUGUGCAGCCCAGGACCUCCAUACACACUGCCGUGGCUUGCUCCACGGAGAGGUCACUUUGAAGCCACUAACUUAGCCGUUUGACUUCAUCCCCAGAGGCGCACUACAUUGUCUCUUGUGAAAGGCGUAUGCCAACAACAAAAAACAUAGGUUUAGGAGCAUCAGGUCCCACAGGCUGAUGCAAGUGUCUAGACUUAAUACAACCCAAGGCUAUUUUUCAUCUUCUUCUUUGAAAUACAAAAUUGUAAUUGUUUUAAUUCAGACCAUGGGACAACUUUGUAAUUAUAGACCAUGGUUUCCCCUCUCUGUAUGUUUUAUUUCUGACUUAGUAAAUAUCCUAUAUUCUUUACUGGCGAUUGUGACAACUUACCCUUUUUUUAAAAAAAAGGUGUUAUUUCAUUUCUCUCCCCCCCCCCCAACUUGUUUGUUGUUGUUAAAAUUCAAUACAAAAUAUUGGGGAGCGGGAAGAAAGGUGAAUACUAUAUCAAAGCUAAUAAUAAUAAUGUCUCAGCCAGCCGCUGUGAUCUGCCCAGUUGUGAUUGGGAAGAAAGAGAUGGUUUUAGUUUGCAGAGGGAAAAGGAGGCAGGGGGUGGAGACCCCUUUGUACCCUCCCUCUUGCUCCCUCUGGCCUGUAUCUCACAGGGCCAAGUAUCUGCCUGCAUUUGCAUGGGCAGGUCAAUGAAAAAAUGCUGGGAACACGGCAUGGCAGAACUGGCAAAGGGAACAAUGUGGCGCAAGUCGAAAUUCUGGGGAAGACGGGGCAUAGCAACAUCUAUAGUGGUGUGCCUGUAUGGACUUGCAAAGACAGCAGCUCUCUGUUGUUUUGCAAGUGUGAGAUGCAUAUGCACAGCUGGGCAGAUUUUAAUGUGGCUGUAAGCAGAUCCAAGAAGGGUAGUUAUGCCUCCCCAUGUGCCAUCAGCAGUUGAUCCAGGAAAGGUCCUCCUCCUCCUCCUCCUCCUCUUCUUCUUCUUCUUCUUCUUCUUCUUCUUCUUCUUCUUCUUCUCCCCCCCUCCUCUUCCUCUUCAUUAAUUGUGUGUAGCACUCUACAUCUGAAGAUCACAAACACAUUUCCUUCAUUCUGUGUAGGUAUUUUAUUUUCAGUAUAACCAGGACUCCGUUUUUGCAUCUAUGCACACAGAGAGAGAGAGAAAGAUAGAGAGAGAGAAUGCAAAGGCUCCUGUUUCCAAGAAGGAGGGGGGGUUGUUCUGAUCUCUCCACCGCUUUUGAUUGUUCUCUGAGAUGAGGAGGGGAGGAAAAAGGGAAAACCAGGACAUUCCUGGAUCAAAUCAGAAAUUGGGGUAGCUUCUGUAAUUCCAGGACUGUCCCUGGAAAACUGGGACACUAAUAAAUUGGAAUGAUGUGUGGAUAGGCUGGUAGAAAUCCCCCAAUGUUGCAUCAGUCACAUAUUGCAGGAUACACCUGUAAAAAGUAAAAGAAUACAGGCCAGAUAUUUGUUCCCUCCACUGCUGACCUGUUGAGGGGGUUGUCUCUUUGGCCUCCUCUCUUCCAGUUUCCGGGAAGCAGACCGGAAGUCACCAAAGGCUUUGCCAUCAGGAAUGGAGAACGACCGAGUCUUCAACGACUUGUGGGAGAAGACUGACGCAGCCUCUGUCGCGAGCAAGCCCUCUUCGGACAAGGACCCGGUAGGUGCUAAAAAGGAGGGCAAGGAGGGUGGAACUGGGCCUCAUCUGUUCUCACACAGGGGCAAAGUAGAAGCAUAGCCUUUGAGAUAUGAGGUUCAUUGGCAGCUAACACCCUUGUCGGGUCCCCUAGCCCUGCCAUUAGGCAGAGUGAGGUGAUUGCCUCAGGCGGCAUAUGCUGGGAGGUGGUGGUGUCCCUCGGUUCUUCCUCCUGAGUUUUCUGACCAUAUUCUUCUGUUGGGAAAGAGAGCUUGCCCUCCACCUGUAUAACCACCCUGCUGAUCUCCCUCAGUGGCAGUGCAGUGCUUCAUUGCCAGUACUGAAGCAGGAUUUGCUACUUGCUGGAUAGGGGUGUGCACGCGCCAUUUUGCCUCAGGCAGCAAAAUAAAUUGGGCCAUUAAUAGCAACAAAAAUAAUGGUCUGGUUUUGUUGUUUUUUAAGUCAAAGAAUGAAAUAUCUUAAGGAUUCCAUGACAACCCACCAAGGGUUCUUUUUCCUUGCCUUCUGAUUACAGAUUUUUGGCCACUUUUUGCCAUCACAUGACCAAAGUAGGCUCCAACAGCAUGAGGGCUAGGAACUUGACCUCUAAAACUUGACCUCUCAGAAAUUCCAAGAAGAGCCUAUCGUGCUUAAAAGCUCCUUAAAAGCUUUGAUUGUUUAAAGUGAUACAAUACUGCAUUAAAUUUAUACUGCAGACGGGAGUUAAGUUUCUCAGUUUUUCCAAUCUUAAAUUCAGUCCUCCACAUUUCUUCAGCAAUUUGCAUUUAAAAAACAAGACACCUCAUCCCAAUCAAUCUGCAUUGCAGUGCAUUUUUCUGCUAGUAAACACAUUUUGUAGGCAGCUUUGACUAAUUUGCAAGCAAUUUUCUCCAACAUAAUGUGUGUGUAUGUGUGAUGUUCUCAUUAAUGUGUGCAGGUUUAUGCAGAUUUCUCCCUAACAAAUGCAUUUUUGAACACCAUGUUUGGUUGGAGAACUGUGUUGCAAAAUUCGGCGAAGUGCAGCUUUCGAAGGACAACUGUGUUUCAGUUUGCGGAUUGCAAAUUAGUUAAUUUCCCAUUAAAAUACAAACCAAAUCAAAUUUCCCCUUGUCGCUGCUUACGGCAGCAUCUGGAGGCCCAGAGGUUCCCAGUCCCUGAAGCAGGCAAACCUUUUAUCUGAUCCAGCAGGACUCUCCUAAUAAACGCUUGCCGUGAUCUGAGCAAUGCUACCACAUUCCAGUUGUCACACCCGCCAGUACAAAGCUUCUUAUUUCGUGUCAGGAGGAAUUUGAGCAGGCGGAGGUGGAAGGGGGGAGAAGCAGGACUUUGUUUGACCCUGCCUGUCCCCUCAAGGUGGCCUCAUGUUCUUCCUAUAGGCUUGAGAAUGAGUUUCCCAGGCCCUUCCCUGUAGUGAGUUCCUGCUUAGGAACAGAGCUCUUAAAGAAGCAGGACGCCAUUUCCAAGGGAGGCUUCUUGCAGAUAUCUCCUGGCUGGGCGAUGCAUUGUAACUGUAAGGUUGUCGUCAUGCCGAAGUUCAUGUGGCUGCCAGUAGGGGGCCAUGGCAACUCCAGAUGUAGUGAUAGACAAGCAGGCCGGCGAGCAAGCUAGCAGGUGGCCAGUGGUCCAGGUGGGUAGUUAGGUGCUAGGAGGUGCUUCAGUUUGCAAAGUGCUCUCUGAAGCACUUCCCAACCCUGCUUGCUGGUUUGAUGGGCUAUGAGGUGAGGAGAGAUUUGGGUAGGUGAGGGAGUGGAUAAGAUGCAGAGAGAGGAGAGGUUGGUGAUGUGUAACCUGCCCAUCUGACUGGGUUGACCCAGCCACUCUGGGCGGCUUCCAGCAGAUAGGUAAAGGUAAAGGGACCCCUGACCAUUAGGUCCAGUUGUGGGCGACUCUGGGGUUGCGGCGCUCAUCUCACUUUAUUGGCCGAGGGAGCUGGCGUACAGCUUCCGGGUCAUGUGGCCAGCAUGACUAAGCCGCUUCUGGCGAACCAGAGCAGUGCACAGAAACGCCGUUUACCUUCCCACCGGAGCGGUACUUAUUUAUCUACUUGCACUUUGACGUGCUUUCAAACUGCUAGGUUGGCAGGAGCAGGGACCGAGCAAUGAGAGCUCACCCCGUCGUGGGGAUUCGAACCGCCGACCUUCUGAUCGGCAAGUCCUAGGCUCUGUGGUUUAACCCACAGCGCCACCCGUGUCCCUUCCAGCAGAUAUAAAAGCAUAAUAAAACAUCAAACAUUUAAAACUUCCCUAUAUGGGGCUGCCUUCAGAUGUCUUCUAAAAUUCAGGUAGUUUAUUUCCUUGACACCUGAUGGGAGGGUGUUCCACGGGGAGGGCAUCGCUACCGAGAAAGCCCUCUGCCUUGUUCCCCUUUUUGCAGUGAGGGAACCGCUGGAAGGCCCUCAGUAUCUGGGCUGAACGAUGGAAUAAUAAUAAUAGUUUUAGAAAUGUGGAGGACUGAGGACUGGGGCAACGAGAAGCUGAGAGAAGUCACAUUUGAUAGAUUCUUCCCUCCCUAAUGAGAGAUAGAUAGAUAAUUUAUUACUGUCAGAGACCAGCUUAUAAAACACCCUUGGGUGUACAAUCCCAGAAGGAAAACAAACAUUUAAAACAAUGUACAACAAUAAAUUUAAAAUUUAUAAAUGUGAUAAGCGUAUAGACACUUAAAACUUUAAGAUAAGCUACCACAGAGAGUCCUUAGUGAAUUUCUUGGCAUUUCCAGGUAGGGCUGGGAGGGACACCCUGUCUAAAAUCCUAGAGAGAUGCUGCCAGUCAGUGUAGACACCAUUGGGCUAGAUGGUCUAAGGCAGUUUCCUAGGUUCCUUUUGCAAAAGAACCUCAGCUGCUUCCCAAGCCAAGGCUGGCUGGUGUUUCCUCCUUCCUGACAACUGCGUGUUGUGCAAACAGUGUUUGAUGGAUGGCGUGGAAAAGCUUUGUGUGGUCUCCUCCCACCCCCCUGCCUCAGCUCUGCCCUUGUUUCCUUUUGUGGGCUGUUUCUGGGCUUUCCCUGCCAACUUAGUGUCCUUAUUGUAUGCAGGAUCAUGAUGGAUUAGCUUCUAUUGUUACCACGUAAGCACAAAGAGCAGCAGCGGCAGCGGCAGCAGUAUCCCCUGCGGCCAGAGCUGGAACAGCAUUCUGGCAGCAGGUUUGGAAUUCAAGUUAAGCUUCCCGACUUCAAAAUCCUCAGGACGGAACCGCUUCUCCCAACAGCGUCAAUUUUCCCAGGACAGUGGCAGGGGGAAGCUUCAAAACCUUAACUGCAUUCCGCUUUCCUGAUCCUGUUUCCUAACUGCAGAUAUUUUCAGGGCACUCCAUAACUAUUUUUAAAGUUUAUUUUUUUAAAAAAGGAAAAGUUGGGAGAUGCAACCUGGGCUGUCCUGCUUCAUGGCAUCUCAGCAUUUGAAGAAAUAUGUUGAUUUGUAUGCCAUAAUAAAUCUGCGAAUUAUUUGCAGCGUGGCAAGGCUCUUUGGUGCAGCAGACCUAGGUGGUUAAAAAAAUAUUUUGACUUGGGGAAUGUUUAGCUCUGUCAUCUACAGCGUCUUCUUUUGAAUUCUUCCUUUUAACGUUGUCUUUCUACAUGCCACGUCCCAGUGGCAGGCAGGGCCAUGGGCAAAAGUGAGCAGGGCAAAGGAUGUACUGGGCGCACCCUCGUAGAGUAGGCUAAUUUCUACACACGCUCUCAAACACCCAUAUCUCUCCUCCAUCCAGGAAAACCAAAGGCAUUGUCAGAAUUGAAGGACACAAGGCAGCCUGGCCAGAAACACCCGAGGAAGGUGUGAAGCCAGACUGGGGGGGUGGCCUGGAGAGAAGGGGAGUGGCUUGGGAAGAGUUCCAAGGGCAUUUUAGAGAGGCCUGAAGGGUCAAAUGAAAGCCCGACUCCCAUACCCAGUGUUAUGUACUGAGGUUCUCACCCUGGGCCAGCAGGGGGAUACUGUAGGUAGUUAUGCAAAUAAGGGAUCGAAAGUGACGUUCAGUGAUUGGAUAGUUUUAGAAAACUGUUACAGUUACAUUGUACUGGAGCUCUAUAUAAGCAGGCUGACUGAACCCUUCAGUCCAGUUCUUUCCUGGCCUGUGAAUAAACAAGAGCUGUUUGAAGAAUUGCUGUGUCGUCUGAUAUGUUCACCCACAACUUAACACCCAGCAUUUGUAGUAUGAAAAGCUAUGGGAUUUUCACAGAAUGUUUUCAGGACUUGCACAGAUUGGAAGUGAAGCGGUAUAUCUGCCCCCAAACCUUUGCAGGCAGAAACGUUACAAUAUCAGGUAUAACUCCCUCAAUACAAUAGUGAGUGCAAAUCAUCGUAAAUGCACAAUAAAGUUGGUUCCAGAGAGAGAGAGAGAGGUUGUGCUGUAUGGGAAAGUAUAGAGCCGUAUGGAAAGCCCUUUAGUGUUCUAGGCAAUGUCAGCUGAGCAAGACUAAAUCUCUCAUGCCUUGUCUUUCACUGGUUGGGAUUUCUUGCUGCUAAGCUCUAUAAAACUCUCUGUUGCAGGCUUAGUUUCUCUCCACGUUGAGGGCUGCUAAAAUCCUUCCCUCCCCUUAAGCCGCUGUUAAGCUUCCCCUCUGCCUGGAUACGCAGGCUGUUUCUUUUCCAUCCUCCUUUAACCAUGUUGUUCCACAGAACUCCUCUGGCUCCCAGAUCCAGGGUCUCCAUUCUCCACUCCUAGGGUUGGCCAACCACAAAUGUUCAACUUGGUGGGGAAGAAAAUAAGCCUCCCUCCAGGAUUUUUAAAAAACUCUAAUAUUCUUUGCUUAAAUGAAGCAGAGAUUACAAAAGCUUUUGGCUUCCUUACCCUGAGGAUAGUUCCUUCCAGGUUGCCUCGCUGAGGACUAGAAGGCUUGCUGCUGCAACAAAAUGAAACAAACAACCUGCAUGGCUUCUAAUCCCAAAUUUCAGAAUUUGAGAGUGAUCCUAGGCCUGUGUAUGUUGUAGACCAGGGGUGGGGAAACCCUGAGGGCCAAAUGUGGCCCUCCAAAUCUCUCUGUCUAUCCCCUCCCAGGACAAACAUACCCCUAAAUCUCCCUGAGUGCUUUAGUCAGGCUGGGAAGCGCCCUUGAACUCUGAAAACGCCUCUUGCUGCUGUAUGUAAGGUAAAAUUUACAUUUGUUGCUCUGCCCACUUUUGCCUCUGACCCCGCCCACUAUUUGCAUGUGGCCCCAGAAGUCUGCCCAGAAGGGGCCACAGCCCUUUGGUUGAGAAAGCUUCCCUUACCCCUGAAGUCUUUUUAAAAGGAAAAAAGGAAAAAAGUUGCAUUUAAUUUGCUCAAUUUGUUAUGGAUUUGUUAAAAUUUUGGAAAAUCAAUUAAAAAAUGUUUUUAAGGUAGUAACCUACCUUGCAGGACUGUUGUAAAGAUGAAACACGGAAAAGGUUUGUACAUGUUUAAACUGCUAGUUUUUCCUUGCGCCUCUGAUGGUUUCAGUCACAGUUUUUUGUUUAUAUUUUGCAAGUCAGCAUCUCUUGUUCUCUUGUUUCUCAUGACUGUACUCUCUCCAAUUGCCUGUUUGUAUCUCAUUGCAAAUAUCCAUGUAACCAGCUAUAUUAUUUCUUCCUGUGAAUGUAAUAUUCCAUUGCCAGCCUUGGUCUGGUUUGGUUUUCAUGUGUUUGUCUCAUGAAGUUCUAUUUUGUUAUUGGGGUUAUAGGGAUAAUAUUCAAUAAAAAUACUUUCCAGAGAGAGAAAGAGAGCUUCCCUACUCCUGUUGUAGACGUUGAGAGCCAACCACCACUAUGAGCUGGGCCAGGAAAGAAGAAACUGGCAUAUUGGGAAUUGGGAUUCCACAGAGGAAGCUGCAAUCUUAAGGACUAGAAACCUGAAGCGACGAAAGCAGUAUUCUCAGGAAGCCAGACUCUGGCACUUGAGUUCUAAGCUUGAGAAACAGAGUUGGAGGACAGACAAAAUCCUGCACAUGAGCCUCUUUCCAAUGGGGUGGAUGUUUGUGGCCUAAUACUGUGUUCUUGUUCUUUUGCUCUCUGCCCCAUGCCCACCCAGUUCCCGCCCUCCGGCCGGCAGUCACCAACAAAGAAUGUGGUGAAUGGAAGCCCCUCCAAGUGCCCACGCUUUGCUAAAGUGCGGAACUGGGAGACCGGAUCGGUGCUCAACGACACUUUGCAUCUGAAGAGUACCAUGGUAAGUGAGGCUGGCAUUUUGCAAUAUGUUUGGGGAGGGGUUUCUGCUAAUGAUUCCUUCUAUGUUGUUCAAAUAAGUGCCUGCACUUUGGAACUCCCUGCCCAUUGAAAUCAGGCCAGGCGCCUUUGCUGUUUUCAGCACCUUCUUUAAGGGGGGGGAGGGUUAGGCAAGUCUGUGUUUUACUGUGUAAUUUUAUUUUCUAAUGUACAAUGGUACCUCUGGUUACGAACUUAAUUCAUUCCGGAUGUCCGUUCUUAACCUGAAACCGUUCUUAACCUGAGGUACCACUUUAGCUAAUGGGGCCUCCCGCUGCCGCCGCAUCGCCGGCGCACAAUUUCUUUUCUCAUCCUGAGGUAAAGUUCUUAACCUGAGGUACUAUUUCUGGGUUAGCGGAGUCUGUAACCCGAAGUGUUUGUAACCCGAGGUGUUUGUAACCCGAGGUACCACUGUAUAUAUAUUUCAAACGGCUGUUUCUGUUUAUAUUUUGAUUUUUUUUAAAGUUAACUUUUUUAAAAAAGAAAAAAUAUUUGAUUUAAGUAGCAGGAAAUGCACUUCUUUUUCUGCUCCACCCCCAACUUUUUGUUGAAUUUUUGUGACAUACGAAAAUGUGUACACACUGAAAAAACAGGUGACAAAAAAAAAACCUAAUACAGUGUUGCAUAAACAAAUAACUACAGGAAACCAGUAUUUCAGAAAAAACCAGUCUGAGUGUGAGGUGUGGGUGGCUGAGAUAGCCAAAGAUCUUCAAAGAUAUGAAGGGCUGUCACAUGAAAGAUGCCUCAGGCUUGUUUUCUGCUGCUCCAAAGGGGAGGAACCGAACCAACAGAUACGUAUGACAAGAAAGUAGGGUUGCCAUAUUCCAAAAAGUAAAAAUCCGGACAAAGGUGUUGAGAUUUUUUUAUGGGUCAAAGUUGUUCAGUUUUAUAGGGGGAACAUCUCCCCCCCAAAAGAAACGUUUUGGGAAUUUUAACGGAUUUCUAAAGCUUCUAAAAAAAAAAAUCACCCAACUUGCCAUGCAUCCGGGUUUCCCCAGACAUGUUGCCAAUUCAGUGACAAUCCGCCCAGACGCCAUGGGCCGAGACCACAUAACACCGGUCUUGAAAGACCUACAUUGGCUCCCAGGACAUUUCCGAGCACAAUUCAAAGUGUUGGUGCUGACCUUUAAAGCCCUGAACGGCCUCGGUCCAGUAUACCUGAAGGAGCAUCUCCACCCCCAUCGUUCUGCCCGGACACUGAGGUCCAGCUCCAAGGGCCUUCUGGUGGUUCCCUCACUGCGAGAAGUGAAGCUAGAGGGAACCAGGCAGAGGGCCUUCUCGGUAGUGGCACCCGUCCUGUGGAACGCCCUCCCACCAGAUGUCAAAGGAAAAAACAACUACCAGACUUUUAGGAGACAUCUGAAGGCAGCCCUGUUUAGGGAAGCUUUUAAUAUCUGAAGGCCUAUUGUAUUUUAAUAUUCUGUAGGAAGCCGCUCAGAGUGGCUGGGGAAACCCAGCCAGAUGGGUGGGGUAUAAAUAAUAAAAUUAUUAUUAUUAUUAUUAUUAUUAUUAUUAUUAUUAUUAUUAUUAUUAUUAUUUCGCUGGCCAAUUCUUGGAUGUGUCCAGGAAAACCAGGACUUAUGGCAGCCCUACAUGAAAGGAGAUUCUGACUAAACAUUAAGAAGGACUUUCUGAGGGUAAAAAUCAUUCAACAGUGGAAUGGAUUCCCUUAGGUGGUGGACUGUCAAGGAGCUGUUGUGACCAUGCAUUCUUCUGCUUCACCCCUUUUCCAGGUGACCCCCUGCAGUGAGCAGGUCUGCAUGGGUUCCAUUAUGAUGCCUUCCCAGCACGUCCGAAGACCUGAAGAAGUCCGGACAAAGGAAGAGCUGCUCCCACUGGCAAAAGAGUUCAUUGAUCAGUAUUAUUCCUCCAUCAAGAGGCAAGUCUUGCACAGGAAAGGUCUGGGACCCUCCUGCUUGACAGGGUGAAGAGGGUUCUCUUCCAGAAACCAUUCAGAUUUCUGAAAAUAGACCCAUUUCUUUAUUCCUAUACCGGGAAAGUGUGAGAUGCAGAUGCUCAUUCUUGUAACAGGGAAGCUUUGCAUGGCUGUCCUCUUUCAGUUCAUGGCAAGUCAAGGCAUAUUAUACAUUAUAGGCUGCCUUAUACAGAGUCAGAUCAUUGUACCAUCUAGCUCUAAAUCUUGCUCUCUGAAUGAUAAUACAGUCGUACCUUGGAAGCCAAACACCUUACGAGUCAAACGUUUUGGCUCCCAAAUGACGCAAACGCCGAAGUGAGUGUUCCGGUUUGUGAACGUUCUUUGGAAGAUGAACGUCCGACGUGGCUUACGCAGCUUCCAAUUGCGUGCAGGAAGCUCCUGCAGCCAAUCGGAGGCCGUGUCUUGGUUGUCAAAUGUUUUCGGAAGUUGAACGGACUUCUGGAACGGAUUCCGUUCGACAACCAAGGUACGACUGUAAUUGGGAUUUCUCAUGUCAAAUCUUCAGUUGAUGGACGAGCCAGGACAUCGUCUACGUACAAUAUUACGCAAUCCUUUGACUCGGGACUUGAUUUAUGCCACAUCUAACUCACGUCUACAUGGCAAAUGCUAGAGGAGGAGUGAAAUCUGUGGGUGUCCCUUGAAACUGAAUGCAAAUUUGGACCAGCAUCUUUGAUCCACUGGGAUGAUGAAAAGGGUGUUUGCCAAAUUAAUAAUGACAGUGGUAGGGCUGGGCGACGUAUCGAUGCAUCGUCCAAAACUGAAGUCCAUAUCGUGAUAUCGGUUUCAUAAUUUUGACCUGGCGAUAUAUUGCGAAUCAUGAUGUGUGUGUGUUUGUGUUAUGCAAAAAUCACAAUGUGGUAGAAACCUUGAAGCCAGCCAAUGCCUCAACAUAGCUCCAUCCUUAUUUCAGACAUCAUGAUAUAUCACAGUGUUUAGCUGGUGAUAUAUUGUGAUGCUGAAAACCAGAUAUCUUCCAUCCUCAGUCUUGGAGGCAACACUGUGUUCGCCAGAUGUUACUAAACUCCAACAGCCACCACCCCUGCCCAUUGGCCAUGCUGGCUGGUGCUGGGAUCCACAAAUGUUGGAUUCUAACCUCUGGAGACCACCACCUUGUCUCCCCUGGGUCUACGCUGGCUGCCAGCCACUCUACAGGAUUUCAGGUGGAGGCAUUCCCAGGGAAUCCUAUCUCUCCCACGAUGGCAGCCAAGAAGCAGAUAAACAAGAAGAGUUCUUACCAAGUAAUUUUAUUCAUUAUUCACAGAGAGAGAGAAAGGAAUGUAGUAUCCCAAAGAUAAUGACGUUGCUCCGAGUAAAGUCCCAACCCCUCUUUCUCUCCUAUUCUACAUCACCCCUGUGUCAGCUAAGCUGAGCUUUCUGUUCUACUACUCUCAAUGCACGCCUGGUCCUGGGAGGGCGGCCAGGAUGCUUUCCAAAGACCCUGAGUCUAUCAGUUGUCUCUCCCCUGGUGCUUCUUAUUCCUGCUGUUCAUCUCCCAAUAUUUCCCAGCUUCUCCCCUCUGCAGCCUCUGAACUAUGACCUUCUGCAAACCACUGUUGCAAUUCUAUACUGUCCUCCUCUUCUCAGGAAGGUUCAGGAAAGGGGGGGCAGUCCCCACCAGUCCUCCUCAGUCCAGCCCCUGACACCAGCCCUACUUGGAGUUGUCAGGGAUUGAACCUGUGGUCUUCUACGUGCAAUGUAGAUGCUCGACCAAGGAGCUGCUGCCUCCCCCCCCACACACAUUGAAAAUGGGAUUGCACACUUGCAAAACGUGACCCAGAUUUGCCCAUCACAGUGGUGUUGUUGUUGACCAAUGACUGCUUCUGUACAAUCCUACUCUGGCAGGUUCGGCUCCAAGGCCCACCUGGAGAGGCUGGAGGAAGUCACCAAGGAGAUAGAAGCUACAGACACCUACCAGCUGCGAGACACAGAGCUGAUCUACGGGGCCAAGCAUGCCUGGCGCAAUGCCUCCCGCUGUGUGGGCCGGAUCCAGUGGUCCAAGCUGCAGGUGAGGUUGCAUAUGGUGUGUCAGUUUGCAGUCCUUAGUGCAGAAAGUAUUGAUCUGAUACAUAGAGAUCUUUCCUAGUCUACUUAAUUCAAGAGGGUUCUGGGAGCUUCUGCAUGUGAAAGAAGGUUCAUGAUGUUUGGGUUAUGCCUUCAGAGAAGCUGAGUACAGCUGGCUUAAACUGGUUCUCUUAUCUCUUUCUGUCAAGGUCAUGCUGAAUAUAAUUAUAGGCCAGAAGGAGCUUAGGUUUCACUCAUUUUCUCUUUCUAUCUCUUUUCCGUCUGGUGUGGUGUUCUGUAUGCUUAGUGUUAUGUUUUAGACUUAUUAUAAGUAUAAGUUUAAGUCUGCUGCAACUGGAUUUCUUAUGGACAGUGCCAAUCCUGAAUGUAUUGGAUUUGUGACCAUUAUGCUCAUUUGCCUUCAGUAGCAGUAAAGCUCUGCUGGAUGAAAUAUUAAUUGCCUCUGGUCUAUUUUGGGGGAAUCCUGCAACGUGUUUUAAGUUUUUCUCUGCUAACUAUACAUUGGAAUCUACUCUGGAUCAAUACUGAGUAGACUUUAAAUGACAUGGUCAUCAUUGUUCAUUCAUUUAAUGAUGAAUUAAAUAAUGGCUGGUAGCCAUCCUGCCUCCACGGUCGAAGGUGGUAUGGACUAGGGUCUGGGAGACCAGGGUUCAAAUCCCCACUGAGCCAUGAAGAGCUCCCUGGGCAACUUUGAGCUAGCCACUGUCUCUCAGCCUAUCGACCUACCUCACAGCGUAGUUGUGAGGAUGAAAUGUGGAGGAGAAGAAUCAUACCAGCAGCAGCAGGUCCUCAGAGGGAAGGAUGGAAUAGAAAUGUAGCAGUGAUACUUUCCCCCCCCCAAAAUCAGGAUUUCUGUACCCCGCUCGUCUUUGUUCCUGUCUGCUGAACUCCGUUCCCUUUGAAUCCUUUCAGGUCUUUGACGCCCGGGACUGCACCACGGCCCAUGGGAUGUUCAACUACAUUUGCAACCACAUAAAGUAUGCCACUAACAAAGGGAACCUCAGGUGUGUGGUGUUUGUAAGCCUCUCAGUAGGAAAAGCUUCCCUUCAUCUCUGCUGAGGGUUGCGGCAUUCCCUCGGGGAUGGGAGGCUGGGGGUGACCUCAGAGCCAGUGACGGGCUGGGCUGGAGGCAAAAGGGAAUUUAUCUUUCUCAGUUAAAUCCAAAACUAUCCAGGUAAGCCAGGGAUAGGAAAGCUUUAUUGUCUGUUGAGGGCCACAUUCCCUCUGGGAUAAUCUGAUGGGGGCCGAGAGCCAGCAGUGUGAAGAUUUGGCCUUGUUGUCUGUCUGGAUAAAUAUCAGUGUGGAAUUUCAGGGGUCCAGGCAGGCAGGCCCCUUUUCAGUGUACUCCAUUGUCCUCUCCCCCUCCCCACAGGACAUUGACUGUUUGCAGAGGGGUUUUCGCCCCACCUCCUCCAUCAAGUGUCCCACCCCCUCCUUUCUGUCCCUGCUCAACCUCUCACUGUUCUGUUCUCCUCACGCUUUCCUCCUUUCCUUCCAGGCUCCCCAAGACCACCGCAUGAAAUUAGGCAAAAGGUUGCAAACAGCCACACAGGCCCCGAGUUGUACCAGGCAUCCAAAGCGCUGCGACGCCACUUUAGGCAGACACGGCUUCCCACAGGCAGCACUGGGAACUGUAGUUUGUUAAGCGGGCUGCGAGUUGUUAGGAGACCCCUCUUCCCUCCCCUCAGAGAGUGGUGUAACAAGGAAUAUUUCUUCACAGGGAACACUGGGAACUGUAACUCUGUGGAGGGAAUAGGGGGUCUCUUAACAACUCUCAGUACAGUGGUACCUUGGUUCUCAAAUGCCUUGGUUCUCAAACAACUUGGAACCCAAACACUGCAAACCCGGAAGUAAGUGUUCUGGUUUGCAAACAUUUUUCGGAAGCCAAACAUGCUCCGUUUUGAGUGUUACACUUCCAUUUUGAGUGCCACACUUCCAAUUUGAGUGUUACGCUGAGGUCUGUCUGUUUUUGCUAUUUAUUUUGCGUUUUUGUUUUUGCAGCUUUUUUUGUUGUUUUUGUGACUGUGUGCAACCCAGUUCAGCUACUGAUUGAUUGAUUGAUUGUGUGACUGCAGUACGUUGUUUAUUGCUUUCAUUUUAUGGAUCAAUGGUCUCAUUAGAUAGCAAAAUUCAUGUUAGAUUGCUGUCUUAGGGGUUGUUUUUAAAAGUCUGGAACGGAUUAAUCCAUUUUGCGUUACUUUCUAUGGGAAAGCGCGCCUUGGUUUUGGAACGUUUUGGUUUUGGAACGGACUUCCAGAACAGAUUAAGUUUGAGAACCAAAGUACCACUGUCCCCUAAAAAAACAAAAAAACUACCUUUCCCAGAAGUCUCUGUGGGAAGCCAUGACUGCUUGAAGUGGUAUCACAGUGCCUCCCAGCCUUCUACCCUACCAGUUCCAAUGGGCACCAGCCGCCACUGCUCCUUCACCAGUCUGAGCCUGGCAACCCAGCUGUUGACUUUUGACCUGUCUCCCCAACACCUUGAACUCUACUCUUGGGGACCACUAACACCCAGCCCCCUUUUCCCUUUUUGAUGCCUUUUGUAGGUCAGCCAUCACCAUAUUCCCCCAGAGGACGGAUGGGAGACACGACUUCCGAGUCUGGAACUCCCAACUCAUCCGCUACGCUGGCUACAAACAGCUGGAUGGCACCUUCCUGGGAGACCCGGCCAAUGUGGAGCUGACUGAGGUUGGUGCACAAGGAAGAGGGAUUUACACUCCUCCAGUCUCCUAGCCAUUGUAGAACUGUAAUCGUCUUAUUUAUUGCCAUUAUCAUAGCCAGAUUUUAUUAGUCAACCAAAUAUGGGUUAUAGCCGAAAACAAACUAAAAACAAACAAACAAACAAACAUUAUCAUAACGGGUCUGGUAUGAAUGUGGCCUUAGUUGGAUACAACCCAGUAUUGUUCCUAAAUUACAUUUCAAUCCUGCCCUUCCUCUUGAAGGAGUCUAAGACAGCAAACAUCAGCAUAUUAGAACAAUGCAAUUUAAAAUAAGUUAAGAGCUUAUUUAUCAACUAUUAAACACCACCUGAAACAUGUUGAGAGUUCUUAGGAGGCCCCUAUUCCACUCACAAAGCUACGGUUCCCAGAGCUGCUUAACAAGCAAUCCCUCUUCCCAGGGAACUCUGGGAAUUGUAGCUCUAUGAGGGGAGGAAGGGGCCUCCUAAAAACUCUCAGCAUCCUUAGAAAACUUCAGCUCCCAGAAUCCUUUGAGGGAAGCCAUCAUUGUUCACAGGCAGCUCUAGGAAUUACAACUCUCUGCCUCAUGCAAGAGCUGUGCCUGGCUGCUGGUGUCCUGCAGCAUGGAUCACAACCAAUCGGUCCUCUUUUCUUUGGACACAGAUCUGCAUACAGCAAGGGUGGAAGCCACCCAAAGGCCGCUUUGAUGUUCUGCCGCUCCUGCUCCAGGCCAAUGGCAACGACCCUGAGCUCUUUGAGAUCCCACCUGAGCUGGUUCUGGAAGUACCCAUCAGGCACCCCAAGUAAGUUGAAACGCCUGUCUUUGUUGUUUCACCCCCAAGGAUGUUUGGGGAGCCUUUUCGGAGUUGGCUAUGGCUGUGGGCGCCACCUCAGAUAGGGGAUCUGGUUGCAUCCUUGUUGAUCUUGCUGUGUGCACAUGGAAAGGGACACGGGUGGCGCUGUGGUCUAAACCACUGAGCUUCUUGGGCUUGCCGUUCAGAAGGUUGACGGUUCGAAUCCCCACGAUGGGGUGAGCUCCCGUUGUUCUGUCCCAGCUCCUGCCAACCUAGCAGUUCGAAAGCAAGCCAAAAAGUGCAAGUAGAUAAAUAGGUACCACUGUGGCGGGAAGGUAAACGGCGUUUCUGUGUGCUCUGGUUUCUGUCAUGGUGUUCCUGUUGCACCAGAAGAGGUUUAGUCAUGCUGACCACAUGACCCGGAAAGCUGUCUGUGGACAAACGCUGGCUCCCUCAGGCUGUAACUUUGUGUUCCUAAUUCAGAGUGUCUCGCCUUGCCCUGCCCUUCCCUGUUUGCAGGUUUGCCUGGUUCAAAGACCUGGGACUGCAGUGGUAUGGGCUGCCCGCAGUUUCCAACAUGCUACUUGAAAUCGGUGGUUUGGAGUUCUCAGCCUGCCCCUUCAGCGGCUGGUACAUGGGCACCGAGAUCGGAGUCCGCGAUUACUGCGACAACUCCCGCUACAACAUCCUGGAGGUAGGAGAGAGCCUCUCACGAGGGUUUAGAGCAUUUGACAGUGUUGCAAUUGUGACAAUAUCUCUGUAAGGCAGGCCAGAAGGGGGAAACUAAGGUUGAAUAAGAAUGGCCUACCUGCAAUGAAAUCCCAGUCAGGAUUUGCUGGUAAAGAGCUCUCUGUGCUACAGUUUACACCUCAGUUUGUAAAGAUCUAUUGCUUUUAAAGAUCUCUUCUUCACAGACCAUUCCCUGCUCUGCUCCACAAUCUCUUCAAGUCCUUUUGAAACGACCAGGAGGUGUUUUUUGAACUGCGACCCGAUUUGCAAUGUAACACUGAACCAUGGUCAAAGUUAACCAUGCAUAAUGUUAACCAAAGUUAACAAACCAUUGUUAAAUGGUGGACUUAAACUUUGGUUUAUUACAUUGCAAACUAGUUAACAGCACCAACAAGACCAGCCAAACCUUGGGAGCAGUUUGAAUUUGAUGUCCAAUCUUCACUAAUGGCUCUGUAGCUUUUGGGAGGUGGCAGCUCCUUAACCGGAGGAGUUCCAAGACUGCACGUGACAGUAAACUAUGGUCAAUGUUAACUAAAGCUAAUAAACCAACUGCAGUCUUUGAGUAAUGAGUGACCUUUGAUAAACCAUAGUUAAGCUGCUGGCCUGAAUUCACAUAUAACACUAAGCCAUGCUUUAAUAAACCAUCAUUUAAUAAAACCAUGGUUUAGCAUCAUCUGUGAAGCAGCCAACGGAGAGGGUAUGUGUGUGCUCUGCUCACUUGAGCCUCUAACCCCUCCCAUCACUGGCCUGUGGCCCCCAGAAAGUUGGGCAGAAGGGAAUGUGGCCCUUGAGCUGAGAAAGUUUCCCCAGCCCUUGCAGGAAUCCACAACUUUGGAUAUUUGGGGGGAAGAAAUGCUUUUCGCUGUUGUUCCACUGCAGGAAGUUGCCAAAAAGAUGAACCUGGACAUGCGGAAGACCUCAUCGCUCUGGAAGGACCAAGCGCUGGUGGAGAUAAACAUUGCUGUUUUGUACAGCUUCCAGGUACUGGGAAACACAUCUCCCCAAAUGAUGGCCAAUUAGCCAACCCUGCAGUCUUCCCUUGAGCCCUUUCUCCAUGUGCCCCACCCCCUGAUAGCCUUGUCCUCUGUGACGUAAGAACCUGUUUUGCUUAAGAACCCAUUGACCUGGUGCUCCCACUCCUACAGAGCGACAAGGUGACCAUUGUGGACCACCACUCGGCCACGGAGUCCUUCAUCAAGCACAUGGAAAAUGAAUACCGCUGUCGGGGAGGUUGCCCGGCUGACUGGGUGUGGAUCGUCCCACCCAUGUCCGGGAGCAUCACCCCCGUCUUCCACCAAGAGAUGCUCAACUACAGGCUGACGCCCUCCUUUGAGUACCAGGUACACAAUCCACUUCCUGCCUUGCGCCCACCAUGCCCUGCCAUGUGGUUCAGUAUCUCUCACCCACUAGGAGGUGUUGUCAUCAACUUGUUGGAUGCAGAGGAUGUGGUGGGAGGCACCGGCUGGGGACGCCCCAAGGGAAGACAGCUCAGAGCCAGGGGAUUGGUGGUGGGGUGGCAAUGAGUGGCCAGUGUCAGGCUUCAGGGAAUCGGUUUCCUCCCCCUAUGGCAGUAGAUAAGCAGAACAAAGGGAAAUGAGUCUUCUUACCUGUUAGAAAAUUUAAUAAUCACAAAGAAAGAACAAAGAACACACAUCCUAGAAAUGGCGGUGUUCCCAAUUAAGUUCCCUCCCCUCUCCGUCCCUAGUCACCCACAUCACUCCUACAUCUUGUAAUCUGAUCUUGUACCCUCUUUUCUUUCUGUUCUGACACUUUCUGAGCUCUCUGUGUCUUUGGGGAUGGGGGGGGGGGGUGAACGCUGUCCAGAGACUGUGAAUCUGUUAACUCUCUCUCUCCUAGUGUUUCUUCUGCUAGCUGUUCCCCAUCCAGUAUUUCCCAGCUUUUGCCUUCUGAACUAUGCCCCUCGGCAAGCCACUGUUCCAAAUCUAUACUGUCCUCCUGCUCCUGGGAAGAUUCAGGAUCAGGAGGAGGGGGUGGCUCCCACCAUUUCUCCUCAGUGCAGCCCUUCUCAGCACGGUCCCUGACAGCCAGGGGGAGGAGGAGGUGUCAGAAGCUGGAGGCGCAACAGGGUUUGGUGAGCAGGAAGUGUCUGUACCAGAGAGCAGUUCAGACUCUGAGGAUGAAGCAAAGGUUGGGGAGGAGGGGGAUCAAGAGGUGGCUGAAGAAUCCAGGGAGUCUCCUCCUGCUGCUGUGACCAGAUCCCCUUCCCUCCUGGUCUCUGAGAAUGCACAGAGAAAUGAAAAGGGCAGAGGAGAGAUUAGCUGUGUGCAGAUGUAGUUUGAGACUGCAUGGGGAAACCCUGGAGAAGAGGAACCUUAGAGAGGGGUGGGAAGGUGGGGACCUUCGUUCCUCGUAGCUGGGUCAUUGGGGCAAUACCUGCUGGGAAGGAUUGUCAACACCACUAGGCCUGAGCUGUAUUUUGGCUUCCUUGAAUAGUUCACUACAUUGCUAUUGGUGGUUGAUUACUUUGGUGCUGACCUGCGUCUGACUCCAGCCCUCACAGGUGUCCAGCAAGUCAGAGGUUGGGAGAUGCAGAAUAGCUAGGGCGCUGUCUAGCAAGUAAGGGGAGGGCUGCAGCUAAGUGGAAGAGCAGAAGGUCCCAGGUUCGAUCCCUGGUAUCUCCAGUUAGGCAGGGGAAAAAAUCUCCUCCCUCAAACCCUAAACAGCCACUGCCAGUCAGUGUAGGCAGUACUGAACUAGAUGGAAUAAUGGCCUGACUCCAUAUGAAGCAGCUUCCACUGCCCCUUGCUUCAAAACCUUGAGGACUGGAAUCUUAGCAUUAUUUUAAAGGGACGUGUCAUAGCUUAGUGGCAGAGCACCUGCUUUGCGUGCAGAUGGUCCCAGGGUUCAAAUCCCGGCACCUCCAGGUAGGUCUAGGGACAAAUAUCUUCUAGCUGAAACCCUGGAGAGCUGCUGCCGGUCAGUGUAGACAAUGCUGAGCCCAAUGGACUGGUUGGUCUGGCUCAGUAUAUUAACAGGGAGAGCAGCAAUGAGAUCCUGAUCCAAAUUGUGUCCUUCCAACACCACUGCUCACCUUGGGACAGUGAAGUCUCUGGUGCUGACCACACAAAUAUACUCGAACCAGCUCUGGUUGUGGGUGUGACAGAUCCCCCCCCUUCAGUUUGAGGGUUUAUUUUCUUCCCAUUCAUCCGGGGUUCUUUUCUUUUCUUCCCAGCCCGACCCAUGGAACACCCAUAUCUGGAAAGGCAUCAACGGCACUCCCACCAAGAAGAGAGCCAUUGGGUUUAAAAAGUUAGCCAAGUAAGUGAACUACUUUGUGUUAGGAUAUUUCCGUUCCACCUUAAAAGGGAGCAGGCUUUGUGAGUCACAGAGUCUGCGCAUUUCCUGUUCACAGGAAGUUUAUGUUUUCUAUAGCUUUCGUUUCUCACUCUGUGUCUGGAGACACUGAAGCAGGCAGUCAUGUUUUUCGUUGUUCUGAUCAACGCUGAAUAAAACUUGUAAAUAAUGCUCUCCUGAGUGCGACUUUCGCUGUGCAUUAUCUGCUGACAGAGCGUGCAUUGAGUUCUGGAAUGUGGCAGGCUAUUUCUGGAGCUCAUGUCGCUAAUUGCUGAUACUGCGUGUCUACGGGAGAUCGAUGGAUCGUCCGGCAGCUGGCUUGGGGCCAUGAUGGACUUUGUCUCCCUGGCAGUAUCCCAACACUUUGCUGGGUCUGCUGGAACUAGUAAGGGAAGAGGGAAGCACUCAGCUUGUGGGGUGCUGCAGUAUGGCUACAUCCACACCAUAAAGCACUAUUAUACCACUUUAAACCAUCGUGGCUGUUCCCAAAGAAUCCUGGGAGCUGUAGGAUAGCUAUCCCAGUGUGCCAGUGUGGUGUAGUGGUUAAGAGCGGUGGACUCGUAAUCUGGUGAACCGGGUUCGCUUCCCCGCUCCUCCACAUGCAGCUGCUGGGUGACCUUGGGCCAGUCACACUUCUCUGAAGUCUCUCAGCCCCACUCACCUCACAGAGCGUUUGUUGUGGGGGAGGAAGGGAAAGGAGAAUGUUAGCCGCUUUGAGACUCCUUCGGGUAGUGAUAAAGCGGGAUAUCAAAUCCAAACUCUAUCUGUUUGGUGGAGCAUGUGACUCUUAAUCUCAGUGUUGCGGGUUCAAGUCCUAUGUCGGGCAAAAUAUUAUUGCAUUGCAUGGGGUUGGACUUGAUGACCCUCUUGGUCCCUUCCAACCCCAACGAUUCUAUGAUUCCAGAAAGGUUCAGCCCACCAUCUUAUUAUUUUCUUAUUUAUUGAAUCUAUAUACUGCCCUAUACCCCAGGGGGUGUUGUGUGUCUCAGGGCAGUUCACAGAAUAAAAUCAAGAUAUAAAACCUCAAAUUACAUAAUAAAAAUAAAAACGAUGACCGAAUAACCCCCACCCCCAAAAAAAACAUUUUAAAAGGGCGUAGGUGGUGUGUGUGGGGGGGUGGAGUUUCUUCCAAUCCUAUAGAGCAGAUUUUGGGGAGGCGCGUGAACGUGUGUGGGGUGGAGAGGGGGCAAUCCCCACGGGGCUAGCAGGAGUCCUUGUGUUGUUUCCCCUAGCACACUAGGUUAGUUGAAUCUGGCCCCCAAAAGUCGAGCUCUGGCUGGGAAAGAAAAAUGGGAAACCAAAGGUGGAACGGAGUAUCCUGGAGAAGGGCAGGGGUGGCUGGCUAGAACCCUGAGCAGGUGCACUCCUGUUACAAGGAGAGAAUAGGCUGCAGCGUUCAGUUGCAGCUCCCACAUGCACAUUCCUAAUCGCGAUCCCUUUUUCCUCUCUUGUCUGUACAAGCAAAUGUGCAAAAUUCACUUCCAUCUCUUAGAAAUGUGGCUUCCCUUUGUUGUAGGAAACACACACACAAAAAGGACUGUGGCUGGGAAAAUCCCUGAUGAGGGAGCACAAUGCAAGAUGUUUGCAAAUGAUUAUAUAUAUAUAUAUAUAUAUAUAUAUAUAUAUAUAUAUAAUGCGAGGUCACUACAAAAUUAAUUCACCUGGGAUGGCAAAAUCUCUUGAGCCAGCCUUGCGUGGUAAUCAGACCAUUUGUAUUCAAUCCACCCCAAAAGUCUGACAAAAAUGCAAGUCCGGCCUGAAAAAUAAAACAAAAUCAAACCUUUCUCGUUUAUUGAAGAUUAUCAGAGACACCCGUUGACCCAGUUAAGUUGCAUUUACCGAUGUCUCUCUGGGGCUUGUGAGGCAUUUCUCAAUCAUUCUGAGAGCUUUACGGGGCGAUUAUCGUUUUGGUGGAAAUACCUUUCUACCCUUCUGUAUUCUUUUGAUUUUAAGCUGUGCGCAGGGUAAGCUGAGUCUGCUUCCCUUUAGAAGGCUGUCAGCGUUUUCUUUUAUUCUCAGUGACCUUUUGUGCUUCUUCCCUGCCUUCAAUUUAUGCAAAUCGUUUUUGUAAGCACCCCCCUAAAGAAAAGGGGUGAGAAACUGGUGUUGAUAUAAGCUGCACACACACAGACUUGCUCCCAUUUUCAAGGGAGAGAAGAAAAAACGUAUUAGCGCACUUGAGGAAAAUUCUGAGGUUUGCAGUGGGGGCAAAACAAUUGCUUGAAAAGAGGAUUGGACAAUGGCUAUGUUCUGCCUCCACCAUCGGAGGCAAUAUACUUCAGAAUAGGUCAAGGUCAAGGACCCCUGGACAGUCAAGUCCAGUCAAAGGCGACUAUGGGGUUGCGGCGCUCAUCUCGCUUUCAGGCUGAGGGAGCCGGCAUUUGUCCACAGACAGCUUUCCAGGUCAUGUGGCCAGCAUGACUAAACCGCUUCUGGCACACCAGAACACCGUGACGGAAACCAGAGCGCACAGAAACACCGUUUACCUUCCCGCCACAGUGGUACCUAUUUAUCUACUUGUACUGGCUUGCUUUCGAACUGCUAGGUUGGCAGGAGCUGGGACAGAGCAACUGGAGCUCACUCCGUCAUGGGGAUUCAAACUGUCGACCUUCAGAAUACCAUCUACCGGAAACCUAGGAAGGGAAGAGUGCUAUUGCACUCAGGACCUGUUUGUGGGCUUCCCACAGGUAUCUGGUUGGCCACUGCGAGAACAGGAUGCUGGACUCGAUGGGUCAUUAGCCAGGGCUCCUAACACAGGCACCUCAAUAAACUAGCCCAGUAAGAUUCAGGCAAAGUAUACAACUCCUCGCAAGUAACUGAUCAGAGGUGCUUGUUGUUAAGAGAGCAUCGUUUCAAUGACUUUUGCCAUCCCUACUUAAAAAUGUCAUUUUUCACCUGUGCAAAGUUUGUGUGUUCAUAGAAUCAUAGUUGGAAAGGACCCUGAGGAUCAUCUAAUCCAACCCCAUGCAAUGCAGGAAUACGCAACUCUCCCAUACAUUUGGUUCAAACCCACAACCUUGGCAUUGUCAGCACCAGACUCUAACCAACAGAGCUAUCCAGUUGUUUGGGGACCUUCCGUCUGUAUCAGGAACCUGUGGGCCUCUAGAGAGCAUUGGACUACAAUUCCCAUCAUCCCUUGGCAUAGGCCGUAUGAGCUGGGGCUGGUGGGAAUUUGAGGCCAGUGACAAUGAUGAAGACUUGGCCAGACGCUGUACCCACCCCAGCUCACUCAGAGAGCCAGUGUGGUGUAGUGGUUAGAGUGUCGAACUAGGAGCUGGGAGACCAGGGUUCAAAUCCCCACUUGGCCAUGGAGCUCACUGGGUGACCUUGGACCAGUCACUGCCGCUCAGCCCUAAACUUCCUCACAGGGUUGUUGUGGGGAUUCGGUGAGGAGGGGGAGAACCAUGAAUGCCCCCUUGAGCUCCUUGGGGGGUGGGAAUAUGGGAGAUAAGUGCAAUCAGUCGAUCCAAUCAUACCUGCAAGAUGUAUGUUUUACCCACGUCACAUUCAAAUGUUACAUUCUUAGGUGUGCACUUCUUAAAUAAAUCAUAGGUAUAGACCUAAGGAGCAUCUGAAGUCAAUUCACCUUUACUUGGAAGGUUUUGUUCAGUGCUUGUGGUUUUCUUGCUAUCAUCAAACACAUGGGUGCACACCUACCUUUUAAUGUAUUGAAUGCAAACUCCACCCUGCAUAUGCAAAAAUACAGAUAAAAAUAAUAAUGUUGAGAGUAACCAGGAGGAAAGAUCAGAUCAGCUUCCCAGGUCAAUAAAUCUUCCUUCUUUUCCCCCACCCUCCUAGGGCUGUGAAGUUCUCUGCCAAACUGAUGGGGCAGGCAAUGGCAAAGAGAGUCAAGGCCACUAUCCUGUAUGCCACGGAAACUGGAAAAUCCCAGGUCUAUGCAAAAACCCUGUGUGAGAUCUUCAAGCAUGCCUUUGAUGCCAAGGUAGGAUCCUGGCUGUUGUUCCAGAGUUUAGCUCAACUUCUCCAACCCUCCAGCAAGGAGCUGAACUGCUUUUCUUCGAGGGCAAAGACAUGUAACUUUUGACAAACCAUUGGGCUGGUCUGAAAGGGCCCAGCCUGUGUUUAAGAAAGCUUUUCCUCUUUAAGAUCAAGCUUUGGCAGGUGGUUUGGGUUGGGGGGCGGCGUGCUGAAUGGUUCUGCAAAUUUGCAGAAGGCACUAACUGGCUAGUCACCAUACCUCCCUCACCUGUACAUAAAACUGUUCAUGUUUUGUUUUGUCCGUAAGGCAAAGAAACAAAUGGAUAAGCACACAUUUAAAAGCUAGCCUGUCGUGAAGCCAGGAAAAGUCAAAAUACAAGCAUCCACUGCAUUUAUAUGUUUAUUUGUGUGUUUGUUUGAUAAAAUUAACGCUGGGUGGUAAAGAACAACCCCCCCCCAAAUUGCACUAGGUUCAAGGGUGGGCCCACAUACAGCGUGUUACAGUAAUCAAGCCUUUGGGACUCCUAGACAUUGUUCGAUUCCAGUUCCCACCACCCCUUACCGCUGGCCAAACUGGCUGGGCCUGGCGGGAGUUGGCAACAUCUGGAAGGCCACCACAGGUCACUCCAUCCUGGACAGCCGUCGGGAUCCUUCCCACGAGCCUCUCUGUGCCCUUUUUCUCCAGGUGAUGUCGAUGGACGAGUACGACACUGUCCACUUGGAACAUGAAACUCUCGUGCUGGUGGUCACAAGCACCUUUGGCAACGGAGACCCACCAGAGAACGGGGAGGUAGGAGGGAGAUUUUCUUUGUUCAUUUCGUUGGGUUAGGUUGACUGAGUCUGCAGAUCUUUCCCCACAGCAGAAAGGCCUGAAUUUGUGAUUGACAAUAAGAAUGAAAUGCAGGUCCCCUCCAGAUCUCGUUGGCUUCAGGAAGAUAGUGGUCUCAUGUGCCUUCAGAUCACAUCCUAAAAUGUUGGCUUUGUUCUUGGCAACUUGUUAUGGUACUUCUGGAAGACUUGACGUGGUGGAGCCACAGUCUUGCAAAACAGUCUUGUCUGUGACUGGGUGGCUCCGCUAGCCUGUAGAAAAAGUAACCAUUCCAGGAUUGGUCCCUGUACCCACUUAAAAAAAGUGAGGUCCAACCCAGCCCACAUUUUUUUAGCUUUAACUGCCCUAUAUUAAUGUUUUCUGCUGAAAUGGAAAUGUUGGUGGAAGUUUUGAAGGCAAUGCUGAGAGAUGAUCCCUAGCUCGGUCAGUCCUAAGCACCACCCACAAUGCGACAGACCUUCUCCUCCAAGGCAUCCUACUUGACCAUUUCCCCCUGUUGCACUGAGGGCUUUUGGGGAGUUGAAGUGCAAGUUGUGGUGCAGUUCAGUCGGGGGGUGGGGUCUGCCCUUGUUGAGCAACAUAAGAAGCUUCCUAAUCCUGAUCCCCCAGUCCAGAUUUGUGGUUUUUUCCCCCAUCAGUUGGAGCCUCAGCUUCAGGAUCUGUCCUUCCAGUGAGCACUCAGGGCUGAUUUCCUUAAGAAUGGAUAGGUUUGAUCUUCUUGAGAGUCCCAUGGACUGCAAGAAGAUCAAACCUAUCCAUUCUUAAGGAAAUCAGCCCUGAGUGCUCACUGGAAGGACAGAUCCUGAAGCUGAGGCUCCAAUACUUUGGCCACCUCAUGAGAAGAGAAGACUCCCUGGAAAAGACCCUGAUGUUGGGAAAGACUGGAGGGCACAAGGAAAAGGGGACGACAGAGGAUGAGAUGGUUGGACAGUGUUUUCGAAGCUACUAACAUGAAUUUGACCAAACUGUGGGAGGCAGUGGAAGACAGGAGUGCCUGGCGUGCUCUGGUCCAUGGGGUCACAAAGAGUCGGACACGACUAAACAACUAAACAACAACAAGAAAAAUUUUAACUUAAUUCUGUUCAAUGUGCCUGUUCUCCCACAUGUUUACACUUCCCUUCAUUUCCCAGAAAUUUGGCUGUGCUCUGAUGGAAAUGAGGAAUCCCAACUCCAACCUCGAAGAGAGACGGUGGGUGUGCUAACCCUGAUCCAGGAAUUAUGAAUUGCGUGGGUUGUUUGUUUUUUUACGGGAACCCCAAGAUCCAUCAACCAGAGCCAGGUGCAAAAGAAAGACAGGAACUGAAGGCCAGGGUACUUCCGAGCACAUUCUGAGCCUAGGGAUUCGCUUUCAGUGCCAGAACUGAUUUGAGCUCAGUCCUUUUGUACACACACAAGUCCCAGUGGACUGGUAGGGUGGGAGGCAGGGAGCCCAACAGCAGGUGGCGCCAGAGGCAAUAGCCAAUGGAGGCAGAGCCUCCUCCCUGUUGAGUUCUGCAAGGGCAACAAUAAGACUAAGAGGGAAGAUGGCAGGCAGGUGGGCUCCAGCUAGCUGGCUGGUGACAGGCUGAGGUUUACAAGGACGUGUGCCCUAAUGGACCAAGUCAAGUCUUCGCCUUAACUUUCUUUGAUUGCAGCAGCCUUGUUCUGGUGUGUGCGGGGAGGUCAUUUGGUUGCUGCUGCUGUUGAACAACUAGGAGUCUAAACUGCUUGCUGCAAAUCAGCAAGAAGCUUGGAAUACAAAAUUCCUAGGACGCUCAUCCACCAAUGAUUUCUCAACCAGCAAUUAGGAAGCAGUUACCCUGAGCAGCCACUAGGUGUCAGGCGUCCACGGAGUGAGCCUCUUCCUUUGACCAGCAUAGUGGGCUAGUUCUUUGCAUCUUGAGAACCAAAACAGAUCCGUCCUGAUGCAAAUGAUCUAUAAUUAGAUCUCCUGGCUACUUUUUUAGUAGGUCUACUGGCACUAUCAGUGGAGCCUACCUUACAAGGAUGUUGUAAGGAUUUGAACCUGGGAUCUUGGGCAUGAAAAGCAGACACUCUGCCACUGAGCUAUGGCUCUUCCCUAAUAUAAAACAAGCAUAGGGAGUUGUCUUAUACCAAGUCCAGGCCGUUAAUGCAUCUAGCGCAGUAUUGCCUACAAGCAGAAGUUCUCCAGGGUUUUAGGCAGGGAGUAUUCCCAGCCUUGGGGAUGGACCUACACGCAAAACAGAUUCUCUGGCACUGAGUUACCAUCCUCUUUUGCAGGAGCUACAAAGUGCGUUUCAACAGUGUCUCCUCGUAUUCGGAUGCUCGGAAAUCUUCGGCUGAUGGACCUGAAGCUAGGGACAACUUUGAGAGCACCGGUCCGCUGGCCAACGUCAGGUGAGCAGGGCGGGUGAACAGUGGGGAGUUCAGAGCUCACAUUGCAAAGCUGCAAUCCAGCAGUCCAGGAGGUGGAAGACAUAGUAUAAUCUUGGCCCAAGAGACAAAUCUCACUCUCUGUCUAUGGCCUUCUGUCGGGCUGAGAGUGACCCCUGCUGGCUCUUGUUGGCCGUGCAGCCACCACCUUGAUGUCUGCUUCCUUGUGUACAGGUAGGGAUGGAGAAAUUUCGAUUAAGUUCUCAGCGGGAGGCGAACCAACCCAAUCUGCACUUUCCAGAAGAAUGUGCAAACUGAAAACUCAGCCAUCCUCCGAAAUUUGCAGUUCUCUGGAUUUCACAAUGUGGCUAUCGAGUCUAGCCCCGUGUGCAAAAAUGCAUACAGUACGGCAAAGCAUGCAGAAAACUGCAUAUGUUAGUGGGAAAUAGCAUACAAAGUGCAUUCUGUUAUUAUGAGACAAUCGCUUUGAAAUAAAUGGGUAAAUAUAAGGGAGAAUGGCAUAUGAGUAUGGGUACAUUAGGAGAAAUCAACACUGAAAUGCCGAUUAGUUUUCAUGAGGUCUUUAAAAUUUUUUUGAAAAAAUGAAAAAAUGAGGAAUGGGGAAUGUUGACUGAUUCACCUCUCCUGCUGUCCUACAGAUUCUCUGUCUUUGGAUUGGGGUCACGGGCCUAUCCCCACUUCUGCGCCUUUGCUCGCGCUGUGGACACGCUCCUGGAGGAGCUGGGUGGAGAACGUAUCCUGAGAAUGGGCGAGGGGGAUGAGCUGUGCGGGCAAGAGGAAUCCUUCAGGACGUGGGCCAAAAAGGUCUUCAAGGUAGCCACCUUCUCUUCAGCCUCCUGCCAGGAGAUGGGAUUAGAAGAUGGAGAAACAUUGGGGAGAGGGUAUCUCAGGGCCACGAGGCCAGCCCUGUUGUAAGCAACUGCUCACAGACAAUGGGUCCCUCAAAGGGGAGAUGUUGGGCCAUCACCUCCAAGCCAUCAGAAAUUUGUGGGAGGGUUUUGAACUCAUAGCCUGGAGAUUUCGAUCUGCGCAAGUAAAAAGUGGUUUAGAGAGCUGCCCCACCCUAGUGCAACAAAUCCACCUCACAAAAGGAGAGAAGAGAAACUAAUUUGCAGUUAGGGGAAAUUGGAGCAAGGGCUCAGUAAAAGACCAGGCGUGAUCUGUGGAUGAUCAAUAAAUGGGUUGUCUGAAGGGUGUCGGAGGCCCCUUGGCUCCAUCAGGAACUGGAAUUAUUUGGCAGCCACAGGUGCGAGGGGUAGGUAGGCAGGAGAAGGAGCUGGUGGGCUCUGACAGGCAGGCGUUUGGGAAUGGACGGCAGAGACCCUCUCAGAGGAAGCAGCUCUGUCAGCUCUCUCUCCUGCCCCAGAGGCAGAUUUAGGGGAGUGCGACUUGGACACAGAGCUGCAGGAGGCACCGCAACUAUUAUUUAGAAUAGAGCAUGAGAGGCAGGGGGCGCUGAAUUUUGGCAUCACACGGGGCCCGGCUGAAAUUUGAGACUCCACGGUCUGGCCCUGCCAACCCCCUCCGGGAAUCACAACUAGGGCAGGAGAGUCCCGUGAGUGAGCUUGCCCUGCCUUGCCAACCGUCAGGACAUCUUCACAGCUCUGCUUAGCCCUUUCCCCAAAGCAGAGUCCUGAGACGAGGGGAGGAGCCCUAGCUCGACACCUUUCUUCCACCCACCCACCCAGCCUGCCUUGCUUUGCCUUGAGAACUUGGUUUGUCCUGCAGGCAGCGUGUGAUGUGUUCUGCGUGGGCGAUGACGUUAACAUCGAGAAAGCGAACAACUCCCUCAUCAGCAAUGACCGGAGCUGGAAGAGGAGCAAGUUCCGCCUGACCUAUGUUGCCGAAGCACCCGAACUGACACAAGGUACUGUGGCUUGCCGCUUACUUCCCCAGUGCCUGGUGGGACGGUUUCAGAGGCAGGACUUGGCCGGGCUUGGGUACCCGGUAGUGGUUGCAUGAGCGGAGAGGCGGUUGCUCACCUGGCUUCCCAAAUCUGAGCAUCACUGCAGGUUAGCGGGAAGGAGAGGUGGCAGGGAGUUUGGUGCGGUGCAAGCACGGUGUCACAUUCGCUCCGCUGCUGCCCCCACACCACCCUGAGCUCUUUGAAGCCUCACCUCUUCCCCUCUCUCCAACUGGCAGCGGUGCUCAGCAUUGGGAAGUGCGCUGAGCACCACUGCACUGCCGACACUUUCCUGCCAACUGCUACAGUGGUGCUGUAAUAAUGUUUUGUGGUGUUUUUGUACUUUUUAUAAUGUUGGAUGUGGUGGGGGAACCUCUAGCCCACGCAUAGGCAAACUCUGCCCUCCAGAUGUUUUGAGACUACAAUUCCCAUCAUCCCUGACCUGUUAGCUACGGGUGAUGGGAGUUGUAGUCCCAAAACAUCUGGAGGGCGAGUUUGCCUGUGCCUGCUCUAGCCCCAGGGACUCAAUAUAGCCCUACAGGUUUCACAUUCCAGGCCACAUGCACCUUCUUUGAUAUUGUGCUGUGCCGCCCACCAGCCAGAAUAUGUCCUUGAACCACAGUCGUGACACUUGCAACUAGUCCCCGCAAACAGGACUAACUGACUCUCUUUCAUUCGCAGGCUUGUACAGCAUCCACAAAAAGCGAGUCUUUGCAGCCCGGCUCCUGGCACGUCAGAAUCUACAAAGCCCCAAAUCUAGGUAGGAGCUGCAGGCUCACCCCUGCCAAAAAUGGCAAGUUUGAGAAGAACACAGCUUCAUUAGGCCCAGAAGCCAUCAUGUUUGCAUUCAGUUAUGAACUAGUCCGCACAGAGCACCAAAUCAUGGUUCGUUAAACCAUCGCUUAAUGUUAUGUGUGGUCAGUGGCUUAACCACGGUUUGUUCUCUGACAGCAAACCAUGAUCUGAAACCAUGGUUUGCUGUCUGCUUCCAAACCUUGAUUUGCUUUAAUGAUGGCUUGGUGUUAGCAUGUGAACCCAAUAUCCUUCCAUUUUGUUUGGGCCCCCAGACACUCACCAAAGGCAUAAAACAGAGUCACAAAAUAUAGGGUGGGUCCUGAAAAUACACAUAUUCUCGUCCACCAGCCCCCAGGCUUUUGAGGGUGGUGGAACCACCAAGAGGGCCCCCUCUGCCAGUCUUGAUGCUUGAGAGGGUCUUUGGAGAAGGGGGACACAUUUCUGAUAUUUAGGGCCUGGGUCCUUUAGGGCUUUAGACACCAACGUGAGCCCAGAAACGAACUGAGAGCCACUACCUAAAUGUGCUAUGUGCAAGGUCUACCUAAUAUCUGUAGAAGUGGGGGGUUUUAUCUGCAAAGAGCGGCACACCCAAAGCCUUCCUUACUCGCUUUAGCCGCUCCACAAUCUUCCUCCGGCUUCACACCAACGGACACCAGGAGCUGCAUUAUGAACCCGGAGACCACCUGGGCGUCUUCCCAGGUAACCACGAAGACCUGGUCAACGCCUUGAUCGAACGGCUGGAAGAUGCGCCCCCUACCAACCAGCUGGUGAAGGUGGAGCUCUUGGAAGAGAGGAACACGGCUUUAGGUAAGGAGCAAAGGCGCUAUUGUUGUUUUUUCAGUUCUCCUGGUUGGUCAGAGUUGACUUCCUUAUGUAGGAGCCAUUCCUUGUUGCUUCAACAUCUGUAUUUUGCUUGCUUGGGUGCCUGCAGUAGAAGACUUAGGGUUGCAUCCAACAUUAAUCAAAUUUGGAGCAGGCCCUACAGAAAUUAAUGGAGAUGACUAAUGGAGGUUCAUUAAUCUCAUUGGGUCUACUCAACGUUUCACCUAGUUGAAGGCAACCCUUUUUCUCCCUUCAUUUUUCUUCCUAAAGUUGUUUUUUUAAAAAAAAUAAAAAAUUCAAGACUUCAUAAUGAAGUUAAAACAACAAUCCAGUAAGAAAUGGGAAAUGAAAUAAAAGAGUUGGGGAAAACGGUACCAAAAAAAGCCAAGGUAAUAAAUUACAUUCUCAAGAGACUACACAAUGCGUUAGAUGUUACAACAAAAACUGACCUGAUACAGAGAGAACACAAAACAAAUGUUAUGAAUACCAAAUAAAGCUAUAUUUCAUCGGAGGUUGCCAUCCCCACAAUUGGCCUGUCAAACGUGUAACAAAUGGCCACCAAAUGGAGGCAAAAUCCAUAGGUUUCGCUGAGCCCUGAGAUGCUCUUAAUUUAAGGGUCCAUUUCCCAGAAAUGAGAAUAAACAUUACUUUAUCGAGCCAAGUAUUUACAGCAAAGCUCAGGACUCCUUUCCGCCUUGUGAAAUGGGGAAAGGAGCAGCUACUGAUAGAAAAAUGGUACGUGGUUUGCAUAUUCAGCCCCUCAGAAAUUGAUAAAAGGCACCGCUUUAGCUGCAGCCCAAGGUACUCUUAAUUUAGGAGUGAAGUGAGAAUAAACAUUACUUUAUUGAGCCAAAUAUGUUGAAAGAAACCCAAGGACUCCUCUCAGUACUGUGACAUGGCGAAAUGAGGAGGCAGAGUACCUGCCUUGCGUGCAAUCCCCAACAGCAUCUCUGGGGAGGCCUGGGAGGAAAUCCUGCCUGAAAUUCUGGAGAGAUGCUGCCAGUCAGUAUAGGCAAUACUGAACUAGAUGAACCAAGAGUGUGGCUCAGUACAAGGAAGCUUCCUGUGUUCCUGUGAUGGCAUGUGAACGCUCUCCGCAAGAAAUGCCUCUGCUCACUCAGAGAUACAUAUAUACAGUCUUUAUUUUACAUUUGUACAAGCAGCACGUUACAAUCAUGCAUCUGAAUCCUCCGGCUCAGAUUCUUGGAGUGCCUUACGCCUGCCCCUUCUCCAACAGAAAAGACGUGGAAUUUUCAUGUGAUGUCUCUGUCCCCUCCUCAUUAACACUCUCCUUUCCUGGGCAGACGGAACAGGCAUUGCUUCACUGUUUCAACACUGUUCCAACACUGUUCCAACAUCUAUGAGCUGUCCCUCCUCCUGGCUUUCCCUUCUUUCCUCCACCGCCACUUCCUGCCCCCCUUCCUCUGCCUGUCUCUCCUCCUCCCCUUCAUUCUCCGUCAAUACCAUGACAGUUCCUAACAGAAAAGUGGUAAGUGGUUUUCAUCUUAAAUACACAUUUGACCCAUCCGAAAUGGAUAAAAGGUCACGUGCCCCGAUAGACCAGCCUCAAUGCAGGCCAACCGGCUUCUGUCUUGACAGGUGUCAUCAGCAACUGGACAGACGAGAACCGCGUCCCUCCCUGUACCAUCUUCCAGGCCUUCAAAUAUUACCUGGACAUCACCACCCCUCCCACGCCAAUCCUGUUGCAGCAAUUUGCUUUGCUGGCGACCAGUGAGAAAGAGAAGAAGCGCCUUCAGGUUCUCAGCAAGGUAAGUCCGCAGUCUGGAAAGGGGUGCGAGAACCUUGCCCUGUAUAUUAUGUACUUGUACAGCGGUACCUCGGGUUACAAAUGCUUCGGGUUACAAAUGCUUCAGGUUACAAACUCCUCUAACCCGGAAGUAGUUGCUUUGGAUUACAAACUUUGCCCCAGGGUGAAAACGGAAAUCGCGCACCGGUGGCACGGCGGCAGUGGGAGGCCCCAUUAGCAAAAGCGCACCUCAGGUUAAGAACGGUUUUGGGUUAAGAGCGGACCUCCAGAACGAAUUAAGUUCGUAACCCGAGGUACCACUGUAUCAUGUUUGCAGGCAAAGCUGCAAAUGAACUGUUGUAUGUUCUCGUGGGGGGUGGGGAAUUGCCUAUUUCCUCCCAAGGGAAGGGAGGAAGUGACAAAGCUAAGCCUGGCAGGACAUCUUACUCUAUGGUAUUAACCCCUUCCGGCACUAAUUAGACUUAAGCGCAUUGGUUACACAAGGCUGAUUAUCCCACUGUUCUGUGAGACAGCUCUUUGCCCCUCACAUGCAGACUGAUCUGGGUUCUGCAAUAAGGGAUGUCAAUCAAUCCGUCCAGUCAUGCAUCACAACUAGGUCUUAAUUGUUGGACUUGUCUGAGAUGGCAAACUUAACAUGUUUAAUUAGAGAAAAACCACUAUUGACAUUUCUUAAGGAUUGGAAACUUCGUACGGACUUCUUUUGUGUGAACAAGGAAAUGAAUUCGGAAUAUCUGGAUUUAAAGAUUGAAAAAAUAUUGGCUUAUAGAAAACAGAAUAAUUGAAUGUUAAUAAGUGAAUACUAUAUGUAACUGACAAAGAACCAGAAGUCUUUCUAGCUUUUUCCAUUUUCUUUCUUUCUUUCUUUCUUUCUUUCUUUCUUUCUUUCUUUCUUUCUUUUAUCUUUCUUUCUCUCUCUCUUUUCUUUUUGCUCCUGUUCCUUUUUUAGAUUAGGUUUUAAAAGUAUUUCUUUUAUUCUGGUGUAUUAUAAAAAAUAUAGUUUGUAUUAGACAUGAACUUUUGUAUAUCUUUUGAUAAGUGUCAAUAAAAAGUAGGCGUAUUUUUUAAAAACAACAACAACUACUACUAGGUCUAACUCAGAGCAGAGUUGCUGAAAUGAAUGAACCGAAGUUAGACACAUCAUUGAAAGGCAAGACAAUUCACCCUCCUGCUUCUUCAUGCAGCGUGUGGUUAACCUGUGGAACUCACUGCCACAGGAAGCAGUGAUGGCUGCCAGUUUGAACAUCUUUAACAGAGGGCUACACAAAUUCGUGGAGGCGGAUGUCAUCGCCUAUCAGACAUGAAUGCUAUAUUCUACCCCCACCCCAGUCAGAGACCCAUGGGCUGCGUCCAUCUAAGGCAGCCUCUGUCAUUGAAUUCUACACAAUAUUGAUCCAGAGCAGAUUCCAACGUACAGUUAGCAGAGUAAAAACUUAAACAUGUUGCAGGAUUCCCCAAAAAACAGACCAGAGGCAAUUAAUACCGUAUUUUUCGCUCUAUAAGACGCACCAGACCACAAGACGCACCUAGUUUUUGGAGGAGGAAAACAAGAAGAAAAAUAUUCUGAAUCUCAGAAGCCAAGAAGAGCAAGAGGGAUUGCUGCGCAGUGAAAGCAGCAAUCCCUCUUGCUCUUCUGGCUUCUGUGAUAGCUGCACGGCCUGCAUUUGCUCCAUAAGACGCACACACAUUUCCCCUUAUUUUUUAGGAGGGAAAAAGUGAGUCUUAUAGAGCAAAAAAUACAGUAUUUCAUCCAACAGAGCUUUACUGCUACUGAAGGCAAAUGAGGAUAACGGUCACAAAUCCAAUACAUUCAGGAUUGUCACAGUCCAGGACCGGAUUUAGGUUUGAUGAGGCCCCUAAGCUACUGAAGGUAAUGGGGCCCUUUAUAUGUCCAGCUGUCCUUUGUCAGCAACAAAAUGUCGCUGUUUUUUUGUGUUGAAUAUGUGCUAUAUGGUAAUUUAUGGACCUAAUAAGUAUCUAAAGCCAUUUGCACAUUACAAAAUAUGUAUUUUAUCAAAGUAAUUGUUGAACUGAAAUACAAUUAAGAAGAAGUAUAUUAAUAGCGAAAUUUGGGGGGCAAGAGAGUGGGGCCCUAAGCUAUAGCUUGUUUAGCUUAUACAUAAAUCUGGCACUGGCACAGUCCUUAAGAAAUCCAGUUGCAGCAGACUUAAUUUAACCUUACAAUAACUUAUAAGUCUAAAACCUUAACUCUAAGCAUACUACGUACAGAACACCACACCAGAAGGAAAGAGAGACAGAAAGAGGACGUGAAACCCAGGCUCCUUCUGGCCUCUUAUUAUAGUCAGCAUGACCUUGACAGAAAGAGAUAACACAGGCAUCCCCAACCUUUGGCCCUCCAGAUGUUUUGGACUACAAUUCGCAUCAUCCCUGACCACUGGUCCUGUUAGCUAGGGAUCAUGGGAGUUGUAGGCCAAAACAUCUGGAGGGCCAAAGGUUGGGGAUGCCUGAGAUAACAGAACCAGUUGAAGCCAGCUGUACUCAGCUUCUCUGAAGGAACAACCCAAACAUCAUGAACUUUCUGCUUCUUCCUUUCACACAGAGUAGCUUCCAGAACCCCCUUGAAUGAAGUAGAAUAAGAAAGAUCUCUACACAUCAGAUCAAAACUCUCUGCAGUAAGAAAUGCAAACUGACAGCUUCCUGUGUCCCCUAUGUGCAGGGCCUGCAGGAAUACGAGGAGUGGAAAUGGUCCAAGAACCCCACCAUGGUCGAAGUUCUGGAAGAGUUCCCGUCCGUGCAGAUGCCGUCCACCUUCUUGCUGACCCAGCUCCCGCUGCUUCAGCCUCGCUACUAUUCCAUUAGCUCCUCCCCUGACAUGUACCCCGACGAGGUCCACCUCACGGUAGCUGUGGUCUCCUAUCGCACCAGAGGUAAAUUGGGACCGCAGCUCAGUGGCUGCAUCACUUUUGUGUGUGGAAGUUGCCGGGUCCUGUCCCUCUAGUUUUAAGGCCUGGUCUGAAAUACUGGGGAGCCAUCGCUAGUCAGCAUAUAGACAAUAUUGAACUGGAAAGAUAGAUCAUUCUAAGGCAGCUUCCUGUGUUUAACCUUGAGUUGGAUUUUUAUUAUUAUUUAUUACAAAAUGCACAUUUAACCAAGCCUUAUGAGGAACAGUUGAAAGAGCUGGGUAUGUUUAGCCUGGAAAAGAGGAGACUGAGAGGAGAUAAGGUUGCUGUUGUUUAGUCGUGUCCGACUCUUUGUGACCCCAUGGACCUGAUCACGCCAGGCACUCCUGUCUUCCACUGCCUCCCGCAGUUUGGUCAAACUCAUGCUGGUAGCUUUGAGAACACUGUCCAACCAUCUCGUCCUCUGUCGUCCCCUUCUCCUUGUGCCCUCCAUCUUUCCCAACAUCAGGGUCUUUUCCAGGGAGUCUUCUCUUCUCAUGAGGUGGCCAAAGUAUUGGAGCCUCAGCUUCAGGAUCUGUCCUUCCAGUGAGCACUCAGGGCUGAUUUCCUUAAUGGAUAGGUUUGAUCUUCUUGCAGUCCAUGGGACUCUCAAGAGUCUCCUCCAGCACCAUGGAGAUAUGGUAGCCGUUUUCAAAUAUCUCAAGGGCUCUACAUGGAAGAGGGAACAAGCUUGUUUUCUCCUGCUCUGGAGGGGAGGACCUGAACCAAUGGCUUCAAGUUGCAAGAAAGGGAUUCUGACUAAGCAUCAGGAAGAACUUCCUGACAGUAAGAGUUGUUCUGAUAGUGGAAGGGUCUCCCUCAGGAGGUGGUGGAGACUCCUUCCUUGGAGGUGUUUAAGCAGAGGCUGGAUGGCCGUCUGUCAUGGCUGCUUUAGCUGAGAUUCCUGCAUUGCAGGGGGUUGGACUAGAGGAUCCCUGAUUCUCAUGUCCUACUCUAGAAUUCUAUUAUUCCCAUAGCGUUAAGUUAAAGUCACUCAGUGAUAUACUUUUCCCACUGUCGAGAAAUGUUUGCUGGCAAAAUUGACAAUGAAACUAAGAGGAAGUGACGACAACAAAUUUAAGGAAGAUUGGAAGGACUUUAUUGCAUAUAUACAGAAGCAAUGUACACAGGUUAAUACAUUAACAGGGUUCUAGGACUACUUGUAAUUUUAUUAUGAAUGGACAAUAAGUACCGGUAAUUUGAAUGGUUUUUAAAUUUACAAUGGGCAUGUGGUAUGCUGUUAGAUAAUAGAACCAAGGAAGGGACUAGGGGGAAGUCUAUUUCUUCUGUUUGGUUUUGAGUUUGUAUUGCUGUUGUUUUAUUUUUGUUAUUUUUGGAAAAUUAAUAAAAUAUUAGUUUUUUAAAAAGAGAGAAAUGUUUUUGCCAGCAGAAAUGUUGUUGCGCACAAACAAAAAGAAUAAUUUGUUGUGCUAUAAGUUUCCACUAGCGCAGCUGCUGUGUUGAAAUUCCUCUGUUGUGCAUCAUUAAAACUCACACAUAGCAAAGAGCGUGUUGGAUACAAGUUUUGUGUUCCCGCUGCAAACCUGACCGGUCUUCUUCCUUCUGUUUUUGCCUAGAUGGGGAAGGGCCUAUCCACCACGGGGUCUGUUCCUCCUGGUUCAACCGGAUACAGGCGGACGAAGUGGUGCCAUGUUUUGUCAGAGGGUAAGAUGGGGGGUGACGCUGUGGGUUAAACCACAGAGCCUAGGACUUGCCGAUCAGAAGGUCGGCGGUUCUAAUCCCCGCAAUGGGGUGAGCUCCCAUUGUUCGGUCCCUUCUCCUGCCAACCAAGCAGUUCGAAAGCACGUCAAAGUGCAAGUAGAUAAAUAGGUACUGCUCUGGCAGGAAGGUAAACGGCGUUUCCGUGCGCUGCUCUGGUUCGCCAGAAGUGGCUUAGUCAUGCUGGCCACAUGACCCGGAAGCUGUACGCCGGCUCCCUCGGCCAAUAAAGUGAGAUGAGCGCUGCAACCCCAUAGUCGGCCACGACUGGACCUAAUGGUCAGGGGCCCCUUUACCUUUACCUAAGAUGGGGGAAAAUUGAAAAAGUGUGGACAGCUGUGGAAAGAUUGGACCAGAUGCCCUCGGAGGUCCCUUCCAACUCUACCAUUCUGUGAUAAUAACACAGGGAUCAGCCUGCUAAUGUGUGAUCAUAAGAGAACUCUUCUUCCUCCCCCCCCCUUUAUGCAGAGCUCCUGGGUUCCACAUGCCACAAGACCCGCAGGUUCCUUGCAUCCUGGUGGGCCCUGGGACGGGGAUUGCUCCUUUCCGGAGCUUCUGGCAGCAACGGCUCUUUGACGUCAAACACAAAGGUAGGUCCAGUCAUCUACAUGAGUGGAGCAGGGCUGGGUGGAGGCUGGCACAUUAGGGCAAAUGGGGCACUACCCUCCCAACCUACGCCUGCCCUCACCUAUUUGCCCUCUAUAAAUUUAUUAUUUAUACCCCGCUCACCUGGCUGGGCUUCCUCAGCCACUCUGGGCAACUUCCAACAAAAUAUUAAAAUACAGUAAUGCAUCAAACAUUAAAAGCUUCCCUAAACAGGGCUGCCUUCGGAUGUCUUCUCAAAGUCUGGUAGUUGUUGUUCUCUUUGACAUCUGGUGGGAGGGCAUUCCACAGGGUGGGUGCCACUACCAAGAAGGUCCUCUGCCUGGUUCCCUGUAACUUGGCUUCUCGCAGUGAGGGAACCGCCAGAAGGCCCUUGGGCACUGGACCUCAGUGUCCGGGUAGAACAAUAGGGGCGGAGAUGCUCCUACUUGCAACCAGCCCUAAUAACAUUGCCUGCUGGAUUAGGACAGUGGCCCAUCUAGUCCAGAUGUCAAGGACUGGACAGAGGAGGAAUGGUGGAGACCGACCCCUCCCCUUCUCCUACACUUCCCAGAGAAGAGGGAGACAAUACAGCGGUACCUCCGUUUACAAACUUAAUCUGUUCCGGAAGUCUGUUCUUAAACCAAAACCGUUCUUAAACCGAGGUGCGCUUUCCCUAAUGAGGCCUCCUGCAGCCGGUGCCCUUCCACCAUUCAGUUUCCGUUCUUAGACCGAGGUAAGGUUCACAAACCAGGACACUACUUCCGGUUUUGCGGAGUUUGUAAACCGAAUCGUUCGUAAACAGGACUGUUCUUAAACCAAGGUACCACUGUAUAGGUUUAAAACAGUGUUUGCAGAAGGUCAUAGUUCAGAGGCUGCAGAGGGGAGAAGCUGGGAAAUAUUGGGAGGGGAACAGGAAGAAGCAUAAGGGGAGAGACAGCUAACAGACUUGGUGUCUUUAGAAAGCAUUCCAGACCCCCCUUCUCCCAGAACCAGGUGGGCAUGGAAAGUAGGAGAACAGAAAGCUCAGAGGCAGAAAGCUCAGAUCUGCCAAUGUAGGGAUGACGUAUAAUAGGAGAGACGGAGGGGGUGGGACUUUACCCAGAGCAAAGCCAUUAUGUAAGAUAAUUCUCCCUGUGAAUACUGAAUAAAAGACUUGGUAAGAACUCUUCUUGUUUAUCUAAUUCUUGGCUCCCCACCGUGGGAGGAAUCAGGUUCCCUGAAGCCUGGCACCAGCAUCCUGUUCUCACAGCAGCCAGCCUGUCAGAAAUCCGCAAGGAGGACCUCAGCAUAAAAGCCUUCUCCCCUCCCACAGCUUCUAGCAACUGGUAUUCAGAAGCAUUGCUGCCUCCAAGCAUGGGGGCAGAGCAUAAAGUAGCCUUGUCCUCCAUGAAUUUCCCCAAUCCUCUUCUACUGCCACCUAAGUUGGUGGCCAUCAGUGCCUCCUGCAGGAGGGACUUCACUUCCAUAGUUUAGCUAUGAGCUGCAUGAGAAAGUACUGUGCCCCCGUCCCCCCCCGCUCCUUAACCUUCCGAAAUGCAUUGGAUGUCCACAGUUUCUAGUGUUACGAGAGAGGAUGUCCAGAGAGGGAUGGCAUCUUCCUGCUGCUCAGUCUCCUCUGCACUCAGCAGGGAAGAGGGCAAAACUAGAAUUAGUUAGCUCUGGCUGUCGUUGACUGUGGCGCCACCUACUGGUGACCUCCCAGCCUUCUGCCCAUCCUGCCCCAAUGGACACCAGCUACCACUGCCACCUAGAACAUCAAGUUCCCUCUGGGCAUGGUAUGAAACCCGCUGUUUGUGUCUGAUCACUUGUGUGGUUCUUUAGCUUGUGUUUUGAAAUGGCGGGUUGUUUUUUGUUUUAUAUAUGGAUUAGUUGCCUCCUGCUGGCAUGCCUAGGAGCUCAGUUAGUACAGCAUGAGAUUCUUAAGCUCAGGGUUGUGGGUUCGAGUCUCACCUUGGGCAAAAUAUUCCUGCAUUAGAGGGGGCUGGACGAGAUGACCCUCGUGGUCUCUUCUAGCUCUAUGAUAUGUUUUGCAUUCUCCCCUCCCACCUCCUCAAUCUGUCCCCGCAGGGCUGAAGCCAUGCCCCAUGAUGCUGGUCUUUGGUUGUCGACAGUCCAAGAUUGACCACAUUUACAAAGAGGAGACCUUGCUGGCGAAAAGCAGUGGUGUCUUCAAGGAGCUGUUUACGGCCUACUCCCGUGAGCCAGACAAACCAAAGGUAACCUGUGAUCAGCAGUGAUUCCUGAGCUAGAUGAUUCCUUCUGCAACUGUAUGGUUCUAACCCACCUGCGGAUGGAUCAAAUUGUUUCGCUCACAUGUUCAUUCAUAGGUCCAUCCAAUCCUGUUUCUGCUUUAAUCUGAGAGAGGCAGUGUGGUGUAGUGGUUAGAGUGUCAGACUAGGACCUGGGAGACCAGGGUUCAAAUCCACACUGGGUCACAUUGGGGCAGAGUCACUGACUCCCAGGCUAACCUACUUCACAAGGUUGUUGUCAGGAUAAAAUAGGUGGGGAAGGAGAACCACGUACACCACCUGUAAAGAUGGGAUAUGUGAAGUCAAAAAAAAUAAGGGUUUGUUUCCCAAACCACUGAAUAUCUCCACUGCCCUCCUCUGAAUCAUGGGCUACCUGGUGUUGGUCACUAUCUCCCAGCCUAAUCUACCUCAAAGGGCUGUUGUGUAGCAAGGGGAACAAUGUCUGCUACCUUAAGCUCCUUCUAAAUACAUUUUUGUUUAGGCAGCUUUACCUUGAGAUAUACCGUAUUUUUUGCUCUAUAAGACUCACUUUUUCCCUCCUAAAAAGUAAGGGGAAAUGUGUGUGCGUCUUAUGGAGCGAAUGCAGGCUGCGCAGCUAUCCCAGAAGCCAGAACAGCAAGAGGGAUUGCUGCUUUCACUGUGCAGCGAUCCCUCUUGCUGUUCUGGCUUCUGGGAUUCAGAAUAUUUUUUUUCUUGUUUUCCUCCUCCAAAAACUAGGUGCGUCUUGUGGUCUGGUGCGUCUUAUAGAGCGAAAAAUACGGUAACUCAAUCAUUUAUGGAAGAUCAGUUUUGUAGAGGAUAAGAGGGUUUUUGUAGUUUUUAGAGUUGUGUGAAUGGUUUUAGAGUUUUCUAAACCAAUAUAAUGGUUUUUUAGAACUUGCAUUUUAAGGUUUUAUAUGUAUCACUGUGGUGGCUUUGUGCUGCGAAGCAGUCCACAAAUUUGUUAAAGAGAUAAAUGAGGUAUUAUUUAUGUCAUUGUCUAAAAAUAUGCGUGCAAAGAUUCCUCUUUAAAUAGGUACUUUAUCUGAAUGCAUGCAUUCCUUAAAAAAACAAAAACAAAACCAUAACAACACAGAGGUGUUUAAAAUGCAUUUGGAGCACAUUGUUUUGAGCCAAAAGCUGCAUUUCAAAAUUCAGAGAAGCGUAAAAUCUUGAGGAAAAUUGCAUUCUGAUCCAGGCGGCAAUAUGGGAAGCGUGAAUUAGGUUGGCUUGCACUAAAAUGCAACCCAGACGACACUCUUUUCCAUCCCUAACUACGUCUGAAUCUUGUGAGGACUGUAUAGGAUAUUGAACCUACCGAAUACGUGGCAUAAUUUGGAUAAUAUGCAAAAUAUGCAGGUUGCCCCUACCCCUCCUACCUUCCUCUUUGGGGUCAGCUCUGCAGUUCAUUGGGCUGCCUGCAGGGGGCGCUGUGCAGCAAGGAUGGGAGCCUUCUUCUGCAACAUGAAAGCAAACACACACACACCCAUUGCUGUCCACUUUCCCUUCCCAUAGAAAUACGUGCAGGACAUCCUUCAGGAGCAGCUGGCGGGAACCGUCUACAAGGCGUUGAAGGAGCAGGGGGGGCACCUGUAUGUGUGCGGCGACGUCACUAUGGCUGGAGAUGUCCUCAAGACAGUCCAGAGCAUCGGGAGGCAUCAGGGCAAGCUGACGGCAGAGGAAGCCAGCGCUUUCAUUAGCAAGCUACGGGUGAGCAGCCAUCCCCACCACCCAGCAUGCCAUGGGGGCAGCCCAUGGCGUCAGGCCCCCUGCCAACAUCCAGAGCUGAAAUCAGGUGGCUCCUGAACACAGGCCCCGCCUUCAUCACUGCCCCUGGUGAUUUUGCAAGGUCCCCAGGCGAGGAGAUUACAAUCGAAAAAUCAGCACUGGUCCCCUUGAAUUUUAGUGCCCCCCUGGGUAAUCCCACUGCCCCCCAGGAGGCAGCAGCACCCACUUUGGGAACCAUCCUCUUCUCCCUCAUUGCCAUGCCAACACCAAGCACUUGGCUCUGAGCCUUCUCCCCUGGGGGGGGGGGUUCCCCAGUUUCUGUCUCCUUCCCCUCCUUUGCAUCCACGCAUGAAGUGAAGGACAUGAGGCAGGAGUUGGUAAUGCAGGUGAGCUGUGCACAAGCAAGCUGCCAGCUAGCUAUGCUGAGGCUCUUUUUAUUAGCACAGUAUGCAAAACCAGUCAGGUACAUUUCGGACUGUGACCUUUACACAUCUUCCAAUCCUGAGAUUGAGGGGUGGUAAAAAGUUAUUUUGGCACCUGUUUCCACCGCUUCAUUUUCCCCUUGCACAAUGUAUGACGAAGGAGACAAAGGUCACAGACAGAGCAUGGCAAACCACUAAGAGAGCAAAAGGUUAGAUAGAGGGCAUGAUGUUCAGACAGCUGUGGCUUUGUCUGCGGGUGGAAGUGUGCUUCACACCUGACGGUCUUUCCUUCACACGCACCCUCUUUCCCCAGAACAUCCCCUUCACUGGCCUUGCCUCAGGCUCUCUGUGGGUUGUGUUUGCCUGGCCAGGAUUUGUCCUCAAGCUCUGAUAAUGCUUCAUUGUUCCCCGGGUGGAGAUAUAAAGAGAGGGGUUUGAGAGAGGGGUGCGUGGACAGUAGCCUGCCGCACUGAGCAAAGGAAAAAAAUCAAUUUUCCCGCUGACAUGUGGGGUCCCCGGCAGCUUGAACAGAAGAGAAUGUGGCCCUUGGGAUGUUUUAAGUUCCCACACCCAUUGUAGUAGCCCUUUGCUGUCUUCUCUUGUAAGAAAGGAGAUAAUAAUAAUACUAAUUUAUAAUAAUAAUUUAUUAUUUAUACCCCGCCCAUCUGACUGGGUUUCCCCAGCCACUCUGGGCGGCUUCCAACAGAAUAUUAAAAUACAAUAAUCUAUUACACAUUAAAAGCUUCCCUAAACAGAUUCUAACUUUACAAGUCGUACCUUGGUUGCUGAACGCCUCGGAAGUCGUGUGUUUCGGCUCCUGAACGAUCGAAAACCGGAAGCGAGUGUUCUGGUUUUCGAAUGAUUUUCGGAAGCCGAACUUCCAGCACGGCUUCCGCAGCUUCCGAUUGAUUGCAGGAAGCUCCUGCAGCCAAUUGGAAGCCACGCCUUGGUUUUCGAACAGUUCUGGGACUCGAAUGGACUCUUGGAAUGCAUUGUGUUCGAGAACCAAGGUACUACUGUACAAGAAAAGAGAUUCGGGUUAAACAUUAGGAAGAACUUCCUUGUGGUCGGGGGAACCGUUCGACAGUGCAAUGGACAGCCUCGGAGGGUGGUGGGCUCCCCUCCCUUGGAGUUUCAGGGAUUCCUUCAUUGCAGUGGGGUUGGACUAGAUGACCCAUGGGGUCCCUUCCGACUCUACACUCCUGAAAUUAACCGUGCGUUGGUUUUUCUCCUCCUCCUUCCCACCCGGCCUGCCGCACUCCCCGCAGGAUGACAACCGCUACCACGAGGAUAUAUUUGGAGUCACCUUGCGCACGUACGAAGUGACGAACCGCCUCCGGUCCGAGUCGAUUGCGCACAUUGAGGAGAGUAAGAAAGACACGGACGAGUGAGUCGGGCCCGCUGGCUUCCUUUCCUUUUCAAACCGGCGCUUUUGUUUCCCCAGAAACGUGUGGGCUGGGCGAGAGAAUCCCUUUUGUCGUUCGCCUGACGCCAUCGCUCGAGCUACGCUCCAAGAGUGGGUGGGGAUCACCAGGGAGCAGGCAUGUUGAGCCUCUAAGCUCUGCUUGCAGAAGUUCCAUCCCUGGGAUUGCUGAUUAAAACCAAGGGUGGGGAGCCUCAAACCCAGGGGCUGAAUGCAGCCCUCCCGGCUGCUCUGCCCAGCCCUCGGAGCUUCCCCCAAAUAGGCCACACCCCUCAGGAGUCCUGGCCUUUUUUUGCCUGGCCUGAACACACCUCUCGGACUCUGAUAAAUGCUUUUCGCUUGCCUGGAGAGAGGGGUGUGAGUAGAAACAAGCCUACUGAAGCCAGGGUGGUGUAGUGGUUCAGAGCAGUGGACUCGUAAUCUGGGGAACCAGGUUCGCUUCCCGCUCCUCCACAUGCAGCUGCUGGGUGACCUUGGGCUAGUCACACUUCUCUGAAGUCUCUCAGCCCCACUCACCUCACAGAGCGUUAGUUGUGGGGGAGGAAGGGAAAGGAGAAUGUUAGCCGCUUUGAGACUCCUUCAGGUAGUGAUAAAGCGGGAUAUCAAAUCCAAACUCUUCUUCUUCUACUACUGCAUGCGAGGUGAAAUUUGCAUUUGUUGCUCCGCCCACUUUCCCCUCUGGCCACGCCUACCAGGCAGGGUUCAGCUGGAGGCAGCAGCCCUUCUAAAAACCGGGAGCCAGUGCUCUUGCACUUGGGUUCCUGCUUGCUGGUUUCCCUCUCUUCCACAGGGAGAACAGGAUGCUGGGCUGGGUGGGCCAUUGGCCUGAUCCAGCACAGGCCCUUUUUGGUUCUCAUGCCCAGAAAGGAAUGCAGCCCUUGUGCUGGAAAGGUGUUUUCCCACGCCUGUUCCAGAGAAAAACCCUGGGAAGCUACUGCCAAGUUGGAGUAAAUAGCCCUGGCAGUGGUGGCUGGUGUCUAUUGGGAAUGGUGGGGCAGAACUUAGGGGAGCUAACAGCAGGUGGCGCCAGAGCUAAAGAUAGGCAGAGUUCUAGUCACCAUUUCCUACCUGCUAAUUUCUGUAAGGGUGAUACUGAGACUCCCAUUUGCCCUAGUAUGGCAUCCCCAACCUGCGGCCCUCCAGAUGUUUUGGCCUGCAACUCCCAUGAUCCCUAGCUAACAGGACCAGUAGUCAGGGAUGAUGGGUAUUGUAGUCCAAAACAUCUGGAGGGCCAAAGGUUGGGGGUGCCUGCCCUAGUAGGUGAGCCUCCACUCUGCCCCUCCCAUUGCCUGCUACCCAUCCCGUUCAACUGGAGCUAGGAACAUAAGAAACUGCCUUGUGCUGAGUCAGAGCAUUGGUCCAUCUGCUUCAAUAUUGUCUACACUGACUGGCAGAAGUUCUCCAGGGGUUAAGGCAGGAGACAUUCCUAGCCUGAUCUGGCAAUGCUGGGGAUUGAACCUGGGACUUUGAGCAUGCAAGGCAGAUGCUCAACCCCUGAGCUAUGCUCUCUCUCUCCACAUUAAGUGAUCCUUCAAGACACCCUCAGCUAUGUUCUAGUGGUCCACAGAAGUGAGAAGGGAAUGAGAUCCACUGUUGUAAUAUUUUGUGCCUUCUGCUGAGCUGGUGGCACCAGCUGGCCUAAUCCCAACCCAACCCUGCCACCUACUGUCCAGAAAUGGUAUUGGCCAUUCAAAGAGGCUUUUUUUUUGCCACAUAGCGAAGUUGCCGCAGCAUUCACAACAUACAUUUAAAGCAGAUUUAUACCACUUUAGCUGUUGUAGCUUCCCCUGAGGAAUCCGGGGAGCCAUCGUUUGUUAAGGAUGCUGGGGAUUGUGGGCCUUCGACUGCAGAAGAAAGAGGCAGGCAAGAAAGGCUUAUUCCGUGAAUUAAACUUAGGAGCUAAGCCUAUGGUUUGGUUCACGCAUCGUAGUAAGCCAAACUAUGGCUUAGGUCAUAUCCCACACCAUACAUUUAAAGUGCAUUUAAAGCACAUCACGUCUCCCAAAUACUUCUGAGAACUUACCCCUCACAGUGCUGCAGUUCCUAGUUCCUUAAUAAACCACAGUUCCCAAAAAACUUUGGAGGGAGCUAAGCACUCUUAAGUGUGUGUGAUACGCGUAUGGAGAUCCAGGACGUCUGUUGUCAUCGUUGCGUUAUGCCACCUGUGUGCAUGGUAAUUUACAAAGCCCAAGAGGACAGGUCUCUGCCCCCAAGUAGCUUACAAUGAAGCAUUUGUUUCAAUUACAGUGGUACCUUGGUUCUCAAACAUAAUCCGUUCCGGGAGUCCGUUCGACUCCCAAAACCGUUCGAAAACCAAGGCAUGGCUUCCGAUCGACUGCAGGAGCUUCCUGCACUCAAGCAGAAGCCGCAGAAGCCGUGGAAGCUGUGGAAGCCGCAUUGGCUUCUGGAAAACAUUCAGGAGCCGAUUUGUUUGACAACUAAGCCGUUUGGGAAACAAGGUACCACUGUACAUCAUAGGCUGCAAUCCUAACCCCACUUAAAUUCAGCAGGGAUUAGACCUGAGAUUGGAGCCAAUGUUGUUAAACCCACUUAGUGGUGUCCUGAUGAUGAUGAUGAUGAUUUAUUAUUUAUACCCUGCCCAUCUGGCUGGGUUUAAAAACAGAAUAAAACAUCAAAAAUUAAAAACUUCCCUAAACAGGGCUGCCUUUAGGUGUCUUCUAAAAGUCAGAUAGUUGUUUAUUUCCUUGACAUCUGAUGGGAGGGCGUUCCACAGGGCAGGCGCCACUACCGAGAAGGCCCUCUGCCUGGUUCCCCCAAUGCUCUGUUUUGGAUCAGCAAAGCACUGUUGCUCAAGAUAACGCAUAAGCUGGUUGCUGGUGCCUUCGUUGAGCAAUAGAUUGCACAGUACAUUUUUGCUAGGGCAAGUGUUGCACUGCAUUCUUUUCUUGUGCAAUGGUAAAACUCAGCCAUCCACUAGAGCAAAAGCCCCUUGCCCUAGUAGACAAGUGGACUCUGGAUAUGGCCCCUGGUUUGUACAGGUCAGGCUCAGAUACAGUGCACGAUAAUCAUACUGCUAUUGAUGUGUGUAGUGGGGGGGCGUGUAUUGUUUUAUUCUUAAAUGUGAUGGUUGUUUUUUAACCCAGAUAUGUAAGCAGCCUAGAGAUGGUUUGUGUUAGGCAACUAAUAAAUAACAGCAGUUAAUAACGAUGUAUUAAUUUUAUUUGCCUUGUUUGAAAAAAAUUCCAGAACUGGAAUAUGUAAUAGCCAUUCAGUUCUAAAAGAAACAGAAAAAACACCCCAGGGAGGAAACCGGCGAGGACAUUUGUCUCGUGUAUAAGGUGUGGGAAUGUUCAGGAUGCAGGAGAGGAUAUGUUUAAUGAUAUCCUUCCUAACUUGCGUUAGCAAGUUCUAUAUCUUAGCAGAGUAACAUUCCCCUUUAAACGCACAGCGGUUUGCUUGUUGCAGGCUUGUCUGAGCCUCUCAAUAUAAGAUUCCUGGUAAGUUCCCUUCUUGUCCCUCUUAAAAAGAAUAACACGACAGUCUUAUUAAAGUCAAUAUAAAAGUAGUUUACUCACAAUCAUUCAGUUCACAGUUGGAUCCCUGAAAGCAGACUUAGGUUACAAAACUAUCCCAUAAGGGAGUUAGUUCCUAAGUGACUGCCUGUUUGCAGUGACUGCAAACAGGCAGUCACUUCUGCUAACACAUGGAAAAGCAAAAUGGAGAAGAGACAAAGGAAGGAGAUGUGCUCCCUUGCCCAGGUUAAGCCUCAAACAGACACACAGGCCUCUAGUCACAUGCAGAGGAUGCUCAGGAGGAAACAGGAAGUUAGACUCCUGACUGGUACAAAGCAUAGCAUGUCCAUUCUAGGAAUGUUGUACUUGACUGCUCUGUGUUUCAUAUCCCAUAAGGCAGUUGCUUUGUGGUACUGCUUGGGGCAGGUAGUCACACGAUGCCAAAACGUGGGGUUACGCAGCAGGGUCUAGCUGUGAUUUCUGCAUUGCAGGGGAGUUGGACUAAGUGAUCUAGGUCCCUUCCGGCUCUAUAAUUCUAUGAUUACAGUGGUACCUCAGGUUACAGACGCUUCAGGUUACAUACGCUUCAGGUUACAGACUCCGCUAACCCAGAAAUAGUACCUCAGGGUAAGAACUUUGCUUCAGGAUGAGAACAGAAAUUGUGCUCUGGUGGCACAGCGGCAGCAGGAGGCCCCAUAAGCUAAAGUGGUGCUUCAGGUUAAGAACAGUUUCAGGUCAAGAACGGACCUCCGGAACGAAUUAAGUACUUAACCUGAGGUACCACUGUAUAUAUUAUGUGACUGCAUCCCUGUUUAGUAGCCAAAGGGAAGUGCUGCCCACUGGCCCAGCGUCUGGGGUGAGCAAGUGUUUACGAUGUUUUCCGUCCAACUAACGAAAGGGUGGCAUUUAAGCCAGGGAAUGCAUAACUUGCGAAGGGUGAACAAAAUGCAUGUGAACUCGAGUGGAGAGGGCGAUGCUUUUUUUUACAUGCCUUACCAUGCGUGUGUGAUUUCUGCUCUAACUGACGGCUUUUUUGCAGGGUGUUUUGUUCCUAAACGUGACCGCGUCGCGUUGCCCGAGGCAGGAGGCUGAGCCAGGCAAACCGCGGCAGCUCCAGCUGCUCUGCUCCAGCCCUCGAAAAGGAGAGGGGUCUGGACCUUGUACUGACAUGUCCGCAUCCGCUCCUUUCCUCCAGGGACUUCCGCCAGGCCCACAACAAACGGUCGUCUGUGUCUCGUCCUAUUGUUGUGUCCUGA